AUGACAACCAGCCGCUGCAGUCACCUGCCCGAAGUCUUACCAGACUGCACCAGCUCGGCUGCUCCGGUGGUGAAGACGGUGGAGGACUGUAGCAGCCUCGCGAAUGGGCAACCGCAGUAUGUCAUGCAAGUUUCGGCCAAGGACGGGCAGCUGCUGUCAUCAGUAGUACGGACGCUUGCCACACAGAGGUACGGUCGUACCGAGCCAAGGAAACAUCGGAUUGCUUGUUAAGCAGGGGGAAGAAAGUGCCGGGAAGGGGAGGGGGUUUGCGAUUGCAAGACCCGAACCUCCCUAAGUGCACUUGGGGGCUUUCAUCUCCGAAGUCACAGGUCCGUUUCAGGGGCAGGCAAAUGGGAAGCUGCACGUUCAAUUCUUCUGUAUUGUCAUAGCCAUGCUUUCCGAAUGAUGCACACAGCAUUGCUCACUUUAAAGAGAGCAAAAGCUCGACUCCUCUUCGAGUUCGUAAUGUGUUGCAACUUUGUCGCGAUCCCCGGCGAUUCAACUCGUUCCGCUUCGCGCAAGGAAGGGGGUGUGGGGACCGUUGGGGGAGGCAGGUGGCAAAGGGAUGGAGAGGCCAUUAAUCCUCCUGAUGCGAAAGAGAAAAGUUCAGGAGUGACAUUCUGCUGACUUGAGCAUGGUGCUCGCAGCUUCCCAGUGAGGGCUGUCGUUUCACGUUUGCAUGUGUGUGAGAGAGAUUGAGAGGAAAACUCAUAUCUAGCCUAUCGCGUUCUGUGUGGAGUAUUGUGGACUUUCAUCUUUUAUACUUCUAGACCACGUUUUGUGUAGCUGGGCAGCUGGGCAAACUUGAUAUUCAACACGAUGCCCACUGUCUAGGUACAGAAUUUGCUGGUCUUUUUCAUGUCCAUGGAUUGGAGUGGGUCUUGGGGGUGGUAUUAUAUGAGAUUUUUUUCACCGCUGGCAGGCAGCAGUUUGAUAUGGUGUAAGUAAGCAGUGGUCGUGUUAUAUAUAUAUUUUUUAAGUCCAUUUAGAAGAAUGUCUAAUGGCUUGGUAUGUCUAUGGGUAGGCAAUCAGUUAAUGCGUGUAGAAUAUAGUAUUUAGGAAAAUAGUUAUAUUUUGUAAGGGGACACACACAUGUUGUUCAACCAAGGUGGAUUUUUUUAAAAAAAUCCCCUGUCAUGCCCUUAAUUAUAGCUUUUCUUUUCAGAAGGGUAGACUGGAAGCACCUAGAGCAAGCUGCUCUCUUUCUACAAAGUUUUGUGUAUGAAGAGCUGUGCUUUAGUUACAUUUUUAAAUUCAUAGAUUUGCCUCGCAAUAAACCAGGCAGAGGGCCUCCUCGGUAGUGGCACCCGCCCUGUGGAACGCCCUCCCACCAGAUGCCAAGGAAAUAAGCAACUAUCUGACUUUUAAAAGACAUCUGAUGGCAGCCCUGUUUAGGGAAGUUUUUAAUGUUUGAUGUCUUAUCGUGUUUUUAAUAUUAUGUUGGGAGCUGCCCAGAGUGGCAGGGGAAACCCAGCCAGAUGGGUGGGGUAUAAAUAAUAAAUGAUUAUGAUUAUGAUUAUGAUUAUCACUGACCAGCCUCAUUACUAUGGCAGCAAGUUCUUUCUGGGUGACAGUAUGGUGUACAGGGAAAACCAGCCAGAUUGACAGGGUAUAAGUAAUAAAUUAUUAUUAUUAUUAUUAUUAUAUUAUUAUUAUUAUUAUUAAAUACUUUUUUAUAGCAGUGUAGACAAGGGAUGUGGGUGGCGCUGUGGGUUAAACCACAGAGCCUAGGACUUGCCGAUCAGAAGGUCGGCGGUUCAAAUCCCCGCGAGGGGGUGAGCUCCCGUUGCUCGGUCCCUGCUCCUGCCAACCUAGCAGUUCGAAAGCACGUCAAAGUGCAAGUAGAUAAAUAGGUACCAUUCUGGCGGGAAGGUAAACGGCGUUUCCGUGCGCUGCUCUGGUUCGCCAGAAGCUGCUUAGUCAUGCUGGCCACAUGACCCGGAAGCUGUACGCAGGCUCCCUCGGCCAAUAAAGCGAGAUGAGCACCGCAACCCCAGAGUCGGUCAUGACUGGACCUAAUGGUCAGGGGUCCCCUUUACCUUUACCUUUAUAGCAGUGUUAGUGUGCUUUUUUUAAAAAAAAAUGCAAUUACUUACUUAGUUAGUUAGUUAUCCAUCCAUCCAUCCUAUUUGUAUCCUAUGCUUUUUUUCCUAGGAGGUCAAAGCAGGAUACAUGAAAUUUGUUUAAUCCUUGCAAUAACUACCCUUCAGGGUUAGUGAGAGGUGAUGCUGUGCAUAAAGGCUACCCUGAAAGAUGCAUGACUGAGAGGGAAUUUGAGCCUCCAAACCUACUACACCAGCCUUCCCCAACUUUGGUCCACCCAACUGUUUUGCACUACAGUCACAAUAAUAGCUGACCAUUGGCCAUGCUGGUUUGAGGCUGAUGAGAAUGGUGGUCUAAAAUGCCACGCUGUUGGGAGAAGCUACACUACGGUAUACUGCCUCGAAAUGGAAAUACUUAAAAUAAGCAGAAGAGGAUCAUAUUGCUAAGCUAUUUUUAAUUGAUGUAAGUCUGAAUUAGGAAUAAGACAGCUGAGCAAAUGGUAAUGUUUAAGAAAGAAAACAAUGUAUGAAAAUAUGCACAGGCAGUCUCCUUUUCUUGGCUUGGCAAAAGUUGGAUCAGGCCUUCCUUGGUUCUGAUGAAGGAGUCUCCUUUAUUGUAACUGGAAGCCAUGAGUUUGAGUUCUGCCUUCCGGAACACGAGAAAACAAGCUUGCUCCCUCCUCCAUGUGACAGCCCUUGAGAUAUUUGAAGAUGGCUAUCAUAUCUCCUGUCAGUCUCCUCUUUUCCAGGCUAAACAUACCCAACUCCUUCAACCUUUCUUGUUGUGUUAAGGAGACUGCUUCCUUGGUUCUGAUGGAAAGGAGAGACAAAGUUGUGUGUCAUCAGCAUGGCUCCAAAACUCUGGUGAGCUCUCCCAGAGGUUUCAUGUUUACGUAUGUUAAAUAGCAUGGGACAAGAUGGAGACCUGAGGGACACCAUAUUUAAACCACCACAGGAUUGAAUGGCAGACACACACCCCAGCACCACCUUCUGAACUUUCCCCUCUAAGAAGGACAAUAUUCAAUGUAAAACAGUGCCCUCAAGUCCCAUCCGAGACAGUCCAAAAGGAUGCCAUGGUUGUUGGUCUCCAAAGCCACUGAGAGGUCCAGUUCACAAUGCAGAUCACCCACCAAGGUAACCAAAGCAGUCUUAUUUUUACAACCAGGCCUAAAACCAGAUUGAAAUGGAUCUAGGUAAUCUGUUUCAUCUAGGAACCCUGAUGCUGAGAUGCCACCACAUGCUCCUAACACCUUGCUGAGGAAGGGAAGAUUGGAGACUGGUCUAGAAUCAACCACAGGCCUAACCAGUGCUAUUUUUCUAGAAAAAAAGGUGUCAGAACUCACCAUGAACACCUCCCUCAUUCUCUUAGAAAAGCAAUGGUGCUCACCUGAGAGGUGCUGGAACUGAGUUCCUGUGAGUUCCCCCUAAAAGAAGCCCUGGGCCUAACUCAGUUUAAAGCUGCUUGAUAGGCAGGGUUGGCCUGAGACGUUUUGCUGCCUGAGGCAAAAGACAAUAUGGUGCCCCUUCUGGAUUGCAUGUACAAAAGCUUACAGGGCUAAAUCUUUCUUCAGCAUUGACAUCUGAAGGGAAGGUGUUCCACAGGGCUGGCACCACUACUGAGAAGGCCCUCUGCAUGGUUCCCUGUAACUCACUUCUUGCAGUGAGGGAACUGCCCAAAGACCCUCGGAGCUGGACCUCAGUGUCCAGGAUGAAUGAUGGGGGUGGAGACGCUCCUUCAGGUAUAUAGGGCUACCUGAGGUUGAUUCCUGCAUUGCAGGGGGAUAAACUUGAUGACCCUCGUGGUCCCUUCCAACUCUACAAUUCUAGAAUUCCACCUCCCUCAGCUUAAGGAAAGGUCCAGCCACAUUGAUUCAUUCAUCUCUUCUAAAAUAAUCCACUUUCCUUUUAUAGUUGUUGGUUUUUUUAACAAUCCUUUCCUCAAUCCUUAUUCAUGAAAGAGUCUGGGAAGCCUAAGGAGCAUGAAAAACAGGCAAGCACAUACAGAGAUAUAAAGAAUCAACGUGGUGGCAGAUGAGCUGGUGGUCUUCCACAUGUGGGGAGCUUGCAGGCGCUUUGCUCCUUGACAGUCCUUGCUGCUGCCACACCACAUCAAGCCGAGGUUUGAGCGUGUUGUCUAAACCUAGGCUGGUGGUUUAGCUCUCUCUACGGCAGGGGUCAGCAACAAUUUUCAGCCAUGGACCGGUCCACCGUCCCUCAGACCAUGUGGGGGGCCAGACUAUAUUUUGGGGAAAAAAAUAUGAACAAAUUCCUAUGCCCCACAAAUAACCCAGAGAUGCAUUUUAAAUAAAAGGACACGUUGUUGUUGUUUAGUCGUUUAGUCGUGUCCAACUCUUCAUGACUCCAUGGACCAGAGCACGCCAGGCACUCUUGUCUUCCACUGCCUCCCGCAGUUUGGUCAAACUCAUGCUGGUAGCUUCGAGAACACUGUCCAACCAUCUCGUCCUCUGUCGUCCCCUUCUCCUUGUGCCAACAUCAGGGUCUUUUCCAGGGAGUCCUCUCUUCUCAUGAGGUGGCCAAAGUAUUGGAGCCUCAGCUUCAGGAUCUGUCCUUCCAGUGAGCACUCAUGGCUGAUUUCCUUAAGAAUGGAGAGGUUUGAUCUUCUUGCAGUCCAUGGGACUCCCAAGAGUCUCCUCCAGCACCAUAAUUCAAAAGCAUCAAUUCUUCGUCGAUCAGCCUUCUUUCUGGUCCAGCUCUCACUUCCAUACAUCACUACUGGGAAAACCAUAGCUUUAACUAUACGGACCUUUGUUGGCAAGGUGAUUUCUCUGCUUUUUGCUUUUUAAGAUGCUGUCAAAAGGACACAUUAUACUCAUAUAAAAACAUGCUGAUUCCCUGACCAUCUGCAGGCUGGAUUUAGAAGGCGAUUGGGCCGCAUCCGGCCUCCGGGCCUUAGGUUGCCUACCCCUGCUCUAUGGGCUAACCGUGAGCUGUAACCAUGGUUUAUGACUCUUGGUUUAUGACUCAUGAUUACCAUGAGGGAUUGAAACCGUGAGCCCAAGUUUGGAUGUCACAAUAAGCCAAAUCUUGGCUUAGCUUGGUAAAGGUAAAGGACCCCUGGACUGUUAAGUCUAGUCAAAAGCGACUAUGGGGUUGCAGCGCUCAUCUCGCGUUCAGGCCAAGGGAAUCAGCGUUUGUCCAAAGACAGCUUUCUGGGUCAUGUGGCCACCAUGUGUAAACCACUUUUGGCGCAACGGAACACCGUGACGGAAACCAAAAUGCACAGAAACACUGUUUACCUUCCCGCCGCAGAAGUACCUAUUUAUCUAUUUGCACUGGCAUGCUUUCGAACUGUUAGGUUGGCAGGAGCUGGAAUAAAGCAACGGGAGCUCACCCCAUCAUGGGGAUUCAAACCACUGACCUUCUGAUUGGCAAGGACCAACAAAGAGCAAAAUGACUGUGGCUGGAACUCAGCAUGUUUGUGCUGAGCUAAAUGUGCCAGGCCAUUGCGAGCCUCUGAGAUUCACCAAUGAUAACUCUUCCUUAGAAGGGCAGGAUGCCUCUCCUCAGCAAAGCAAGCCUCUCCUACUCCUUAAAGGUGAAGGGACCCCUGACCAUUAGGUCCAGUCGUGGCCGACUCUCGGUUGCGGCACUCAUCUCACUUCAUUGGCCAAGGGAGCCGGUGUACAGCUUCCGGAUCAUGUCCUGGUCUGGCGAACCAGAGCAGCACACGGAAAUGCCGUUUACCUUCCCGCCGGAGCGGUACCUAUUUAUCUACUUACACUUUGAUGUGCUUUCGAACUGCUAGGUUGGCAGGAGCAGAUACCGAGCAAUGGGAGCUCACCCCGUCACAGGGAUUCAAACUGCCGACCUUCUGAUUGGCAAAUCCUAGGCUCUGUGGUUUAACCCACAGCGCCACCCGCCUCCCCCUCCUACUCCUUGCUUGCCACCAAACAAGAACAAGAGACAGCGCACCUGAUCUUGGCAAAGCCAAAUCCAUCCAGCAUAAAAGAAAACUGGAAGUACAGAUUGAACCUUUCAAUGAACUUGGGAGAAGAGAGUAGCAAAGACAGGAACUGGUUCUACCUGGAAGAGGAGAAGUGAUAGCUAUGACAUAAGGAAGAGAAGACAGCAGAAAGGAAGUUAGGGAUCGAUACCUGCUAGGGAUCAUAUGUUAGCCAGCAAAAUUCUAUCAGGAAAUAGAAUUGCUAUCUCCACAGAAAGUAGACUUGCUAAAGACGACAAGAGAGCUUGUGUUUCCAUCUAGAUCUGAUAGCUGCAGAGGCUGUAUCUGGAGCCUGCAACAUAAAAACCUUGUACUUGACAAAUGACGCAUAGGUAAUGUCAGAGAGUGAAUGUUUAAUCCCGUCUUUAAGGGUCACCACCUAAGGUUUCACUUGGAAGAGAAGAUACAGUUUUGGUCAUGUUUGUUGCAAUUUUAAGUUUAUCCUUCUUGAGCAUACACCAAGUGCAAUAACCAGAAUGAAUACAGGAAUGGAGAACAGAUUGAAAACGCGUAGCCUGUUCAGCCUGGCCAAAAGGAGUUGUAGAGUGCCUAUAACUGCACACUAUGAAUACACUAGAGAGACUGAGAAAGACCAUGGGUAUAAAAACUAAUGGCUAUACAUCGUCCAUUAAAAAUUAAAACUUGGGAGCAGAAUAUGGUUUCCAAGGAAAAGAGGCGAAAAAUUCUUAAACAGACUGCAAAAUAAUCAUCUGAGCAAAGAACCUCGCUGAUCUCAAAGAACCUUAACAAAGGAUUUUCUUUUUUAAAAUAUUCAUGUUUUGUGUACAGUAAUGGCUAGGAAGUGUUCUUUUACCACCCAAGACUUUAGUAUACCCUGCCAUUUUUACAGCAUGCAACAGUUUGCACAGUAAUGCUCUGCUACUGCUAUAGAGGGGAGAGCAGACUGUGCAUAUAUUGUUCAGUCGGUGGGUGGUAGACACAAAGGUCCCAAUGCCUUUAGUGCAUUUAUAGCCUAACUGUGCUAGUGAGAAAACAAACCUAGGUUGGUGUGUCCCAAUGAACAUAAUUUGGAAAAGUCACUGGCCUGGUUCAAAUGUAACAGUAUCCACAAACUCCCUUCUCUCUUAAGCAUUAAAGCAGCACUUCAGGAGUGUGUUGAACUACAGCUUAAAGUCCAAAACAAAAGAAAUUACAGCUUGAGCCCUGGCUAAAAACAAACCAUAAAAAGGUAAAGGUAAAGGGACCCCUGACUGUUAAGUCAGUCGCGGACAACUCUGGGGUUGCGGCGCUCAUCUCGCUUUACUGGCCGAGGGAGCUGGCGUACAGCUUCUGGGUCAUGUGGCCAGGAUGACUAAGCUGCUUCUGGCGAACCAGAGCAGUGCACGGAAACGCCAUUUACCUUCCCGCCGGAGCGGUAUCUAUCUAUCUACUUGCAUUUUGACAUGCUUUCAAAUUGCUAGGUGGGCAGGAGCUGGGACUGAGCAACAGGAGCUCACCUCGUCGCGGGGAUUCGAACCGCUGACCUUCCGAUCAGCAAUCCCUAGGCUCUGUGGUUUAGACAACAGCGCCACCUGCGUCCCUUAAAAACAAACCAUAGUGUUGUGGUUUGGUCAAAAUAAAGAAACUAUGGCUUUAACUAAUGUGGUUUUGUAUUAGAAUCAUAGAAUUGUAGAGUUGGAAGGGAGCCCAGAGGUCAUCUAGGCCACGGCAGGAAUCUCCGCUAAAGCAUCCAUGACAGAUGGCCAUCCAACCUCUGCUUAAAAAUCUCCGAGGGAAAGUCCACAACAUCCUGAGGGAGACUGUUCCACUGUCAAACCCUUCUUGCUGUCAGAAAGUUCUUCCUAAUGUUUAGUCGUAAUCUCCUUUCUUGCAACUGGAAGCCAUGGGUUUGAGUCCUACCCUCCGGAGCAGGAGAAAACAAGCAUGCUCCCUCCUCCAUGUGACAGCCCUUAAGAUAUUUGAAGAUGGUUAUCAUAUCUCCUCUCAGUCUCCUCUUUUCCAGGCUAAGCAUACCCAGUUCCUUCAAUCUUUCCUGCUGCAUUAAGGCACAAGAGAAAAGAAACGGACACAAUACCAGUUGUGCCAGCAACUAGUGUAAAUAGAGUUCUCUUCCUCAGCCUGGGCACUGAGGUCCAGGUCCGGGGGCCUUCUGGCAGUUCCCUCACUGCGAGAAGUAAAGCUACAGGGAACCAGGCAGAGGGCCUUCUUGGUAGUGGCGCCCGCCCUGUGGAACGCCCUCCCAUUGGAUGUCAAGGAGAUAAAACAACUAUCUGACUUUUAGAAGACACCUGAAGGCAACCCUGUUUAGGGAAGUUUUUAAUGUUUAAUGUUUUAUCGUGUUUUUAAUAUUCUAUUGGGAGCUACUAGGGAGUAGCUGGGGAAACUCAUCCAGAUGGGCGGGGUAUAAAUAAUAAAUUGUUGUUGCUGCUGUUACCUGGCUGAAUUGUAGUGUACGUUGCAGCACAGAAACAAAACACUGGGAGAAACUAUACAGUGGUGCCUCUGGUUAUGUACCUAAUUCAUUCCUGAGGUCCGUUCUUAACCUGAAACUGUUCUUAACCUGAAGCACCACUUUAGCUAAUGGGGCCUCCACUGCUGCCGCCACCGCGCAAUUUCUGUUCUCAUCCUGAAGCAAAGUUCUUACCCUGAAGUACUAUUUCUGGGUUAGCGGAGUCUGUAACCUGAAGCGUAUGUAACCUGAGGUACCGCUGUACUAUGGGACCAAAGAUGUUACACCUCUCUAGAUAGUUUGUUUCUCAGAAUUUGCUCUGUAGUUGGUUGUUCUCCAUAUUUGCGGGUGAGAAAAAAUGUUACCCCAGGUCAGGUUAGCUAGUAGAGAUGGAGGAGAUACCAUACUUUUCCAUCUAUUAGACACCCCCGUGUAUAAGACACCCCACACACACACACUAUUUUGGGGGACUCAAUUUUAAGAAAAUGAGGGGACACGGCCCAAAGUUGUUGAGCCUCUCCCCACACACAGCUGCGGGCAGGAAACACUCCCUAGAUCAUUUCCCGCGGGCAGGUAGCAAGUGUUUACCUCACGCAGCAGCAUCAGGGGAAGCUGCGUGCCACUAGCCAGCACCCCCAGAUUGCUCCCUGCGUGCAGCGACAUCUCCCCACCAUGCCACUAUCCGUGUAUCGGACGACCCCAGUUUUUUGACAUGAUUUUUGUGUCAAAAAACCUCAUUCAAUACACAGAAAAAUACGGUACACCUAAUUUGGGGUGGGAUGUGACUGAGUCCUCUUGAUGAGUGAAGUUACCUUGUAUACUAUUGUACGAUGCGGUUACUGUGGAAAGGCUUGUUAUCAUGUGGCGAUGAGUUGGCGUGGCAAUGCGGUUGGGCCAGAUAAUCAUCCCGUUUUCUCCCCUCCGUGACUCCGAUACUAACCCACGACCCCUCUUCCUUGUCUUCUAGCCCUUUCAAUGACCGACCAAUGUGUAGGAUUUGCCACGAAGGCAGCAGUCAAGAAGACUUGCUCUCUCCCUGUGAAUGUACGGGAACCCUGGGGACUAUACAUCGCAGCUGCCUGGAGCACUGGCUGUCGUCUUCGAAUACCACUUACUGUGAACUCUGCCACUUCAGGUUUGCAGUAGAGCGCAAACCAAGGCCGCUGGUCGAGGUCAGUAAACGGGGCAUGUCCUCCCAAGCUUUGCUUUAAUGAUGUCUGUUUUUACACCAGGAUCACAACAGAUUUGCAGCUUCGAUGAAGCAAAAGAAAAGCUAUACAUUUGGGGUGUUUUUAGAAGCGGGGGGCGGGGAAUGAAGGGCAGGAAGAGGGCAACCGUAAUUAAAACCUUCAUUUUUCCUCAAAGAACAUGGGUGAGAACAAUAGGACAAAUGGUUUGGCUCCUUUGUAGGACUCUGCAUACUUUGGGGGAGAAUAUUUACAGCAUAUAUUUUGUUCUUUGCUUUAACGGAGACCUCUUGGGGGGAACAUAGAUCUACAGAACACUAUUUUAAAAAAACACAUUACUGCAGAUUGUAAAAUGUAGAUCAAGGAUUAAUGUUUUUAAAAGUCACCCCAUGGACGGAUUUUUUGUAUUGCCACUUUAUAGUUUUAACGCUGGUUUGUUUAUUGGCCAAACAUUAGUCACAUCAGCCAAUUUUUCUUCUUCUGGUUACUUACGGUCUGAGACUUGCAGGUUGUGGAUACAAUUAUUUUAAAUAAAUUGGACUGCACAUAAAAUUUCAAUCUGCUCUCUGGGCUGCAGCCGCAGUCUCUUCCUUUCUUUUGAAAUAUGAUAUUAUUACAGGUCACUUCUUUCCUUUAGGAAUUUGAAAACAGAGCUGUGAUGAUGAGAAUUCAGAGUCAGCUAUACAAUGAAUUAUAGAAAGUUGGUUGAGAAAAUGACAACAUAAAAAUAACUUAUAGCAAUCACAGUGGGGGCAGCAUAUGUCUGAUCAUGCAAAACUGCAUGGGUGCUUGUCUACAACAGUGGAGCCUUGCUUCAUAGGAAGCUGUUUGGCCCAUCUAGCUCUGGUGGUUCCCUCACUUGCGAGAAGUGAGGUUAUAGGGAACCAGGCAGAGGGCCUUCUCAGUAGUGGCACCUGCCCUGUGGAACGCCCUCCCAUCAGAUGUCUAGGAAAUAAACAACUAUCUGACUUUUAGAAGACAUCUGAAGGCAGCCCUGUUUAGGGAAGUUUUCAAUGUUUGAUUUUUUUAUCGUGUUUUUAAUAUUCUGUUGGGAGCCGCCCAGAGUGGCUGGGGAAACCCAACCCGAUGGGUGGGGUAUCAACAAUAAAUAUUAUUAUUAUUAUUAUUAUUAUUAUUAUUAUUAUUAUCUUGUCUGCACUGAUAGGCAGAUGUCUUUCUCCGCCCUUCCUGUGGAUGACAGGGGUUUAAGUUGGGAUCUUCUACGUGCAAAACUCUGCCAUUAACCUACUACCCUUUCCAUUUGAAAUGUAAAUGCCGACCGCAACAAAUUGGUAAUACAACAAAAGAAUUCCCUACGCAUGUGCAGCACAGCUUAGCAGCCCCUGACAGUCCAGAAUGUGCUUCCCUUCGGAUUUUGUAAUGCAAGGGUAUAUGGCAGUUGAAGGAGAAUAUUCUUUCGGUCAGGGAGCAGGAAAUCAAGCUGCCUUCUUCUGUUCAGUCUCCAACUGAUGGCUUGAGCCACGCUGUCAUCUUUUUGUCACCAUAUUCUUCCUGGCAAGGAGGAGGCCUAGGAAUCCAGUAGCCCUUUAACCUCUUGCCAAAGGGUCCUUCCCAUUCAAGGACUGCAGUUUGAAGGUCACUGGCAAUUUGAUCCAAGUCUUCUUUCUGGCAGUUACGAGUUUCAUGGUUAGUUUGAUUUGACAAAGUCUUGCGGUACCCUAAAGUUAUUGUGGCGUGAGCUUUAGAUUUCAGUUAAGCAGCUAAGUUUGGAUAACAAGACAGUGGCAUCUUGAACAGGCGUCUUAUACAGCAGAAGCCCAAAAUCAACAUUUUUGAUUAUCAGUAAAUGCAACUUUUGCAGGGGGGCGGGCCAGACUGUAAGUCUACUAAGAUAAAGAAAUCGUCACAAGAUAGCACUGAGUAAAUAAAUAGAUUUUCGGGCCCAAUUUAUUGCAAUUUCACCUUUGGGAUUGAAAAUGUUCUUUGCACAAAUGGAAUGUGACAUUUCUUGAGAAUUAAUAGUGACUGGGGAAGUUGAAAUUGAACGUUAACCCUUCCAGAGCUGGAGAAGCUUUGCUUUUUAACAUCCUAUGGAGAAAGGAACAUUCCCUCUGGCCAAAGGAAAAAAGCAGACGAAAUCAAGAAGCAAUAAAUACAUUUGUGUUCGUUUGCUCAAUGGAGGGAAAAACAAAGGAACAGUAGUAACCAAAUUCAGGAAAACAAAAUUCACAAUACUAGUGACUAUUUUAUCAUUGCAGACUUUUCAGUUAUCCUACCCAGUAAACAUUUGACUGGUAUUGCAGGGCUUGCAAUAACAAAGUUCUAAUUCAUGGGUAGGCAAACUAAGGCCCGGGGGCCGGAUCCAGCCCAAUCACCUUCUAAAUGCGACCAGCAGACAGUCUGGGAAUCAGUGUGUUUUUACAUGAGUAGAAUGUGUCCUUUUAUUUAAAAUGCAUCUCUGGGUUAUUUGUGGGGCAUAGGAAUUUGUUCAUUUGAUUUUUUUUCAAAAUAUAGUCCGGCCCCCUCACAAGGUCUGAGGGACAGUAGUCCUGCUGAAAAAGUUUGCUGACCCCUGUUCUGAUUUAAAUAAAAAAUAUGUAAGAGAUGUAAGAGAUUGUUACUUUGUAGAAAGCCAGUGAACUAAGGCUUCAUUAGAAACUGGAAGUAUAUAAAAUAUCAAAGUACAGUUAAGAGGGACAUAUGCAAACAGUGAAGCCGCUGAACUGAUAUACAGUAUGAGAUUGCCUCCCCAAAUGGGCAUUUUUUCUAUUAUCCCCUGAAGAAGUUGGUAGAACAUGAGACUCUUAAUCUCAGGGUUGCGGGUUCAAGGCAAAACUUUCCUGCAAUGUUAGGGUUGCAGUAAAUGAGCCUCGUGGUUCUGUCCAACUCCACAAUCAAUGAUUCUAUGACUUAGAAUCAUAGAAUCAUAGAAUCAUAGAGUUGGAAGAGACCACAAGGGCCAUCGAGUCCAACCCCCUGCCAAGCAGGAAACACCAUCAGAGCACUCCUGACAUAUGGUUGUCAAGCCUCUGCUUAAAGACCUCCAAAGAAGGAGACUCCACCACACUCCUUGGCAGCAAAUUCCAAUGUCGAACAGCUCUUACUGUCAGGAAGUUCUUCCUAAGGUUUAGGUGGAAUCUUCUUUCUUGUAGUUUGGAUCCAUUGCUCCGUGUCCGCUUCUCUGGAGCAGCAGAAAACAACCUUUCUCCCUCCUCUAUGUGACAUCCUUUUAUAUAUUUGAACAUGGCUAUCAUAUCACCCCUUAACCUCCUCUUCUCCAGGCUAAACAUGCCCAGCUCCCUUAGCCGUUCCUCAUAAGGCAUCGUUUCCAGGCCUUUGACCAUUUUGGUUGCCCUCCUCUGGACACGUUCCAGUUUGUCAGUGUCCUUCUUGAACUGUGGUGCCCAGAACUGGACACAGUACUCCAGGUGAGGUCUGACCAGAGCAGAAUACAGUGGCACUAUUACUUCCCUUGAUCUAGAUGCUAUACUCCUAUUGAUGCAGCCCAGAAUUGCAUUGGCUUUUUUAGUUGCCGCGUCACACUGUUGGCUCAUGUCAAGUUUGUGGUCAACCAAGACUCCUAGAUCCUUUUCACAUGUACUGCUCUCAAGCCAGGUGUCACCCAUCUUGUAUUUGUGCCUCUCAUUUUUUUUGCCCAAGUGCAAUACUUUACAUUUCUCCCUGUUAAAAUUCAUCUUGUUUGUUUUGGCCCAGUUCUCUAAUCUGUCAAGGUCGUUUUGAAGUGUGAUCCUGUCCUCUGAGGUGUUAGCCACCCCUCCCAGUUUGGUGUCAUCUGCAAAUUUGAUCAGGAUGCCCUUGAGUCCAUCAUCCAAGUCGUUGAUAAAGAUGUUGAAUAAGACCGGGCCCAAGACAGAACCCUGUGGCACCCCACUAGUCACUCUUCUCCAGGAUGAAGAGGAACCAUUGAUGAGCACCCUUUGGGUUCGGUCAGUCAGCCAGUUACAAAUCCACUGAGUGGUAGCAUAGUCAAGACCACAUUUUACCAGCUUCUUUACAAGAAUAUCAUGAGGCACCUUGUCAAAUGCCUUGCUGAAAUCAAGGUAGGCUACAUCCACUGCGUUCCCUUCAUCUACCAGGCUUGUAAUUCUGUCAAAAACGAGAUCAGGUUAGUCUGACAUGACUUAUUUUUCAGAAAUCCAUGCUGACUAUUGGUGAUCACAGCAUUCCUUUCUAGGUGCUCACAGACUGUUUGCUUAAUGAUCUGCUCCAGAAUCUUCCCUGGUAUUGAUGUCAGACUGACUGGGCGGUAAUUAUUUGGGUCCUCUCUUUUCCCCUUUUUGAAAAUAGGGACAACAUUUGCCCUCCUCCAGUCUGCCGGGACUUCGCCUGUUCUCCAGGAAUUCUCAAAGAUGACUGCCAGUGGUUCUGAGAUCACAUCUGCCAGUUCUUUUAAUACUCUUGGAUGCAGUUCAUCUGGCCCUGGAGACUUGAAUACAUCUAAACUAGCCAAGUAUUCUUGUACUAUCUCCUUAGUUAUUCUGGGCUGUGUUUCCUUUGCUGAAUCAUUUGCUCCAAAUUCUUCAGGUCGGGCAUUGUUUUCUUUAUCGGAGAAGACUGAGGCAAAGAAGGCAUUGAGGAGUUCAGCUCUUUCUGUGUCCCCUGUUUGCAUUUCACCAUCUUCUCCUCUGAGUGACCCCACUGUUUCUUUGUUCUUCCUUUUGCUACGGACAUACCCAUAAAAGCCUUUUUUGUUGCUUUUAACCUCUCUAGCAAGCCUGAGUUCAUUCUGUGCUUUAGCUUUUCUGACUUUGUGUCUACACGUGCUGGCUAUUUGUUUGAAUUCCUCUUUGGUGGUUUCCCCCUUUUCCAUUUUUGUACACAUCCUUUUUUAAUCUUAACUCAGUUAAAAGUUCUUUAGAUAGCCACCCUGGCUUCUUUAGGCACCUUCCAUGUUUCUGUCUCAUUGGUAUUGCCUGACGUUGUGCUUUUAGUAUCUCCCUCCUAACAAACUCCCAGCCAUCAUGAACUCCCUUUCCUUUUAGUAUUACUGUCCAUGGGAUCUCACCCAGCACUUCCCUAAGUUUUAUGAAGUCAGCUUUCUUAAAGUCAAGAAAUUGAGUCCUAGUAUGCUUGGCUGCUCCUUUCCGCUGUAUAGUAAACUUCAGAAGAGCAUGAUCACUCGCGCCUAAUGAUCCUUCCACUUCUACCCCACUAACCAGGUCAUCAACAUUGGUUAGGACCAGAUCUAGAAUGGCUGUUCCUCUUGUUGCUUCUCCCACUUUCUGGACAAUGAAGUUGUCUGCAAGGCCAGUGAGGAAUCUGUUUGACCUUAUGCUCUUGGCUGAGUUUGACAUCCAACAAAUAUCCGGGUAAUUGAAGUCCCCCAUUACUACUAUCUCCCUUCCUUUUGCAUGCUUGGCCAUCUGUUCCAGGAAGGCAUCAUCUAUGUCCUCCGUUUGGCUUGGGGAUCUAUAGUAAACUCCCACAAUGAGGUCACUGUUAUUCUUCUCUCCCUUAAUUUUGACCCAAAUGCUCUCACUUUGGCUUUGAGGUUCUAAAUCUUGGAUCUCUUCACAGGUAUACACAUCCCUGACAUAUAACGCCACUCCUCCUCCUUUCUUGUCUGGUCUGUUUCUCUGAAAUAGAUUGUAUCCCCCCAUUAUUACAUUCCAAUCGUGGGACUUAUCCCACCAGGUUUCAGUGAUGCCUAUUAUGUCAUAUUUAGUUUGCUGCACCAAGAGCUCAAGCUCAUCUUGUUUAUUUCCCAUGCUUUGCGCAUUAAUGUACAGACAUUGAAGUCCAUUAAUCAUUCCCCCGUGACUCUUAUUUAAGGAUUUUUUCCUCCCACCACUAGGUCUGCGUGCUGUUUGCUCCAUUUGGUCUAUGACAUUUGGAUGAUCAUCUUCAUCAAUUGAUAGACUCCUACCUUCAGGAGCACUGUCUCCCUCCCCACAUUAGUCAGUUUAAAGCCCUCCUGAUGAGGUUUCUGAGAUUUUUGGCAAAAACAUUUCUCCCAACCGUUGUGAGGUGCAGCCCAUCGCUUGCCAGAAGUCCAUCUUCAAGAAACUGCAGUCCGUGAUCUAAGAAUCCAAACCGUUCCUGUUUACACCAUUUGCGAAGCCAGCUGUUCACUUCCACUAUUUUCCCCUCUCUCCCUGGGCCACGUCGUUCAACUGGGAGGACAGAUGAGAUGACAAUUUGUGCAUUUAAUUGCUUCAAUUUCCUGCCCAGAGCCUCGUAGUCUUAAGAGCUGGCAUAUUCGUGGAAUGGUUAUAUUUAUUGAAAUAUAACUUAAGACCUGCAAAUCAUAAGCAAAUCAUAAAUAUAACAUAAGACCUGCAAAUCAUAAAUAUAGGGGAGCACCUUUCCCGCAUCCUCUGGACAUGUCAACUGCUACAUGCAGUGGCUUCCUAGCCACAGGCUGUGUGUACAGUCGUACCUUGGUUGUUGAAUGCCCCGAAACUCAGACGAUUGAAACCCGGAAGUGACUGUUCUGGUUUGUGAAUGUUCUUUCGGAAGCCGAAUGUCUGACAGGGCUUCCGCAGCUUCUGAUUGGCUGCAGGAGCUUCCUGCAGCCAAUCUGAAGCCGCAAUUGGAAGUCGAACGCUUUGGCAGUCGAACAGACUUCCGGAACAGAUUCCAUUUGACUUCUGAGGUACGACUGUACUCCAUUGCCUGUCAGGGACUAGACUGAGGAAGAAUGGUGAAGACCGCCCCCCUCGUCUUGGACCUUCCAGAGACCAGUACUGUGGUACCUCAGGUUACAGAUGCUUCAGGUUACAAACGCUUCAGGUUACAGACUCUGAUAACAAACGCUUCAGGUUACAGACUCUGAUAACCUGGAAGUAGUACCUCGGGUUAAGAACUUUGCUUCAGAAUGACAACAGAAAUUGCAUGGCAGCAGCAGGAGGCCUCAUUAGCUAAAGUGGUUAAGUACCUCAGGUUAAGAACAGUUUCAGGUUAAGAACGGACCUCCGGAACGAAUUAAGUUCUUAACCCGAGGUACCACUGUAUAGAUUUAGAACAAUGGUUUGCAGAAGGACAUAGUUCAGAGGCUGCAGAAGGGAGAAGCUGGGAAAUAUUGGAAGAGGAACAGCAGGAAGAAGCACAGAGAGAGCUGACAGACUCAAUGUUCUUGAAAAGCAUCCCUGACCCUCUCCCAGGACCAGGAGUUCAUUGAGAGUAGUAGAACUGAAAGCUCAGGGGCAGAAAGCUCAGUUCACCUGAUGUAGGGAUGAUGUAGAAUAGGAGAGAGGGAGUGGGUAGGACCUUACUCGGAGCAAUGCCAUUAUCUAGGGGAGACUGCAUUCCUUUGUCUCUCUCUCUGUGCAUAGUGAAUAUAUUACUGUAUUUUCCGCUCUAUAAGACACACCCGACCAUAAGACGCACCUAGUUUUUAGUGGAGGAAUACAAGAAAAGCCAGCAAGAGCCGCAUACACGCUUGCUCGGUGCGACUCUUUAAAGAUAGAGCGGCUCUUGCUGGCUUUUCCGAGAGGUGGGAGAAGGAACUGACAGGCUGCCCUCCAUCCCUUUCUCCCACCUCCCUGAAAAGCCAGAGCAAGCUGAGCAGCUAUCUCUGAAGCCAGCACAGCAAGAGGGAGAGCUGCACAGCGGCUCUUGCUCUGCUGGCUUCCCAGCGAAGCAGGAUGAGGGACGGAAGGGGCUCCAUAAGGGCUCCUUUCUGUCCCUCCUACUGCUUCGCUGGGAAGGCAGCACAACGAGAGGCGCUGCACAGUUCUCCCUCUUGCUGUGCUGCCUUCAGCGAUAGCUGUGCAGCCUGCAUUCGCUCCAUAAGACGCACACACAUUUCCCCAUACUUUUUAGGAAGAAAAAAGUGUGUCUUAUGGAGCGAAAAAUACGGUACUUGGUAAGAACUGUUUUUUGGUUUAUCUGCUUCUUGGCUGCCACCGUGGGAGGGAUCAGAUUCCCUGAAGCCUGGCAUUGCCCUACUAAAUGACCCUUGGUGGAUGUGGGGGCUGAGCAUGCACACUGUAACCUGGCAGCAAAAUAUUGAUCCUAUCCCAGCCUAUGGACACUCCAGACCAGCAAAGUUUUUGUGGCUUGGGAUGGUUCACGGUCCCAUGGACGCUGCGGUGGGCCGGAGUGUGUGUGCACACGAACGCUAUUUCCGGUGCUCCUUCUUGCACGGAGGAGGCGUGCGCAGCUUCCCAUUGGCUGCAGGAGCUUCCUGCAGCCAAUGGGAAGCCGGCCAGCAUCGCGGAAGGCGAUCCCCGCUCUGCUCCGUGCCGGUUUAGCACGGUGCACGGGAGCCACCCUAGUGGGCGGCCGGGGUCCAUGGGCCAGUUAUAUGACCCCCAUGAGCCACUUGUGGCCCAUGGGCCUUAGGUUGCUGACCCCCACUCCAGACCCUCACCCCAAGCCUGUAGCUUCAAUGUUUUUACCAGUAUUCCUUCCAAAGUAAACUCCCCCCCCCCACUAGUGUAAAAACUGAGGAGUCAGCAUGGCUGCCCAAAAGUAUCCUGCCAUCGUUCUUCAUGGAUGGUAGCCCUGCACUGCUAAGUUCUAUUAUACUUUAUACGACUGGUGAAAUUAGAGAGUAGACACGUUUCCGUUGGGUACAACUUUCAAUGAGCUGUUGGACAAGAUGACUUCUGUGACAUGCUUAAUCCUCCAGUCUCUUGUAGCUUUUUUUGUUUUGCUUUGCAGAGAACAUGGAUUUGUGCCGGAAUCAGCCUUGACUUUACAUUAGCCUUAUGCCUCAUUCAUUGCGCAAAGCAGGUGGGCUUGAAGGCUUCAGUUUACAGCAGGGGUCAGCAGGGGGCCGGUCUACUGUCCCUCAUACCUUAUGGGGGCCGGAGUAUAUUUUUUUUGGGGGGGUAAACAAAUUCCUAUGCCCCACAAAUAACCCAGAGAUGCAUUUUAAAUAAAAGGACACAUUCUACUCAUGUAAAAACACACUGAUUCCUGGACUGUCCAUGGGCCGGAUUUAGAAGGCGAUUGGGCCGGAUCCAGCCCCCAGGUCUUAGUUUGCCUACCCCUGGUUCACAGCUUCCUUUCCAUUUUUAUCUUUCAACAACGUACUUGUGCUCCAUUUUUUCAGAGUAAACCUAGAGCAUAGCUUUUUAAACAAAGGCCAGUCAUUAUAGGUCCUCUCUUAUUAUUUCACAGUCUAGCCUAAGAUCUUUUUCCGUGUGGAACAAUAAUCCUAGAGCGGAGUUUACGAGGUCAGCUGCAUACUUUAUAAUUGUGAGGAAAUGGAACCAGGAAAAUGAAAAUUCAGAUGCCAGGCUUUGCAUGAUGUUUUGAUCUUCCUUUUGAUAAGAGGCAUCUUUUUCUUUUCUUUUUUGGCCCUAGUGGGAGAGAUUAGAUUUUUCUCAUUUCUUUUUCCUAUUAAAAGACCACAGUGCUAUAGAUAAGAAUUGUAUGAGCAAUAUAAAAGAGGCUUGUUUCCUGCAGGCGGCAGAAGUUUUAACCAAAUAGCAGAGAUUCUGUUCUCACAAGAUCAGGCAUAAAAAUGUAGCGGAAGUGAUAUAGUGAAUAGGCAUUCUGAAGGCGGACCAGUUUAUAUUUUACUGCGACAACGCAAACAAAAAACCACAUUUGCAAUGUGCAUCGCUGACGGUGCAUGCCUUAUCUACUGCUGUGAAAUGCUGCAAAACUCGGUCUUCCAAAGGAAGUUGCAGUUCACUAGCCAAAAUAUAGCACAGCACUCCGCACUUUUUAAUAAUAUUUUAUUCUGAUGUAUCAGACCCAUGUAGAAUUUUAACUCUCUUUGUCAGGGAACUGCCAUCGGACGGAAGGGAGGUGAAAGGGCUCACACAGGUUGGGAGAGACGCAGCAGCUGAAGAGGGAACCAGCAGGGAGGUGAAAGGGCUCACACAGGUUGGGAGAGACGCAGCAGCUGAAGAGGGAACCAGCAGGGAGGUGAAAGGGCUCACACAGGUUGGGAGAGACGCAGCAGCUGAAGAGGGAACCAGCAGGGGAGAGGAGCUGAGCUGGAGGGAUGGCUCAGAGACACUUCCAGCGAAAACAGUGGGGAGGUUUCAGGACCUCCUGUAAGAACACCCACUCCUCGCCGGAAACUGUCACGCAGAGAUUCCAGAAGACGUGUUUCCGUUAAGGAGCUUUUAUGUUGGAAGCGAUGCCGCCUGCAACCACGGUCGGAAUCUGCUAGUGACUAGAGUAGCCAUGUCUGAGGGGCUCCGUCACAGACAGAGGUUUGUGGACUUGAACAAACUCUGAGGGGAUACAAUUUUACGCACAAGCAGCUCAUCAUCCCAUCACACUCUUCUUUCCUCCCAGCUGGACCCAAGAAAGCAACCACUAAACUAUGGUCUAGCGUCAUGUGCAUGAGACUGGGAUGGGCCUCAGAUGCACACAUUCUCUCUCCUUCUCGUUGGACUUUUAUGCAUAGCAAUUCCCUGCUUCCAUUCCUGGUUUGAGGCAUAUCAUGGUUUGCUUUUUCUCCCAACCAGCGAAGUGUGGUUUGUGCUACUGUCAGGGACAGGAUAGGAGGAGGAAUGGUGUAGACUGCCUCUGCCUCCUCAACCUUCCAGAGAAGAGGAAGACAGUAUAGAUUUACAACAGUGGUUUGCGGGAGGUCAAUGCUCAGAGGUAGAUGAGGGGCGACGUUGGGAAAUAAUGGGAGAGGAGGAGGCGGCAGAGCCAGAGGGGCAGCUGGCUAACACGUUAUUACUAGAAAGCAUUCCAGAUCCCUCUUCUCCCAGAACCUGGCAAGCACUGAAAGUAGGAGAGCAAACGGCCUUAAGUGGCCACCAUAAGGUGUGUGAUGCUAUUGACCAGGCAUAGGCCAACUCGGCCCUCCAGAUGUUUUGGGACUACAACUCCCAUCAUCCCUGACCACUGGUCCUGUUAGCUAGGGAUGAUGGGAGUUGUAGUCCCAAAACAUCUGGAGGGCUGAGUUUGCCUAUGCCUGCUGUUGGCGAUUGAGGAGAGAAGGGGGUGGAGAUUACUCGGAGAAAUGCCAUUACUCCAAGAGGCUGCAUUUCUAAGCCUCUCUCUGUGAAUAUUGAAUAAAAGACAUUAGUAAGAGCCUUUCUUGACUAUCUAUUCCUGGCAGCCUACCGUGGAGGGGAUAGGAUUCCCUGACGCCUGAUAGCUACCCCGCAAAACAGAUUUUUAAAACAGACUCAAACCUUCAUUUGAUGUUACAUUUGGCCACGCUAGUAAUAAAAGUGAGUUCAUGUCCUUCCUUAUGUGGAAUUCCUGCACCUGGUCUCAAUUUCCAUUCCUGGCAUCUUCAAGUAGAAAAGACACCCAUCUGAAAUUCUGCUGCCAGUCACCGUACUGAGCUGGAUGAACAAAUGCCAGCUUUUAAACUUUCAAACACAGUAAUAGAUAAGAGUUACCCUAUAUUUUCUGCACAAGAGGAUCACAAAGCCAUUAAGCUGAUGGUGUUAGUCCAGGGGUGGGAACCUGUAGUGGGAUCCCUGGGUAUAGGGCAGUAUAUAACUUCUAAUAUAAUAAUAAUAAUAAUAAUAAUAAUAAUAAUAAUAAUAAUAAUAGUUGUCAGGGAUUAUGGGAGUUGAAGGUCCACAGGUUCUCAUCCCUGUUAAACCAAGGACAGAUUUGUAAGUUGGUUUGUUAGGUGGCAGUUCUCUCCAUGCCCAGAAUUCCACAUCAGAUUUUGUAUUUUUGUCUUUAAUUCAAACUGCCCUUUCGUGUUACAUUUAGCUAAGUUUGCACAUGUGGAAUGACUCCCGUAUUUUCAAAAAUAUAACUGCCGAUCCAUUCAUGAAUGAAGGAGAGAAUAGGUGUUGCAGGCAAAUUUGCUUUUGUCUUAAUUAUAUGUGGGGAAACUAGUGAUUUUCCUGACUUGGAGGAGCUCCAUCAUGACAAAAUUUGAUCAUUCAUUGAUCCGAUAAAUGUCAUUUCUUCUUUUUCUCUUCUGUUAUCUUAGAACUGCUUAAACAUAAUUUGAAGGAGUAAAACACACUGCAUGAAGACGUGACAGAAACGUGUGUUAUCAUAGAGUCCUAUAUGAAAUGGACAGCCCAUUCCUGCACUGCUGCUUCUUGUGAAAAGCACAGUAGAACUUCUAGAAAAUUAAACUCAGUGACAUGGAUCGCAAGACUAGAAAAGGUUUAUUUUUGAGUAUACCCACAGACUUUAAUGUAUAGUAAAGAGUGAAUGGUUUCUGGAUUAUACUCUGGGUGUCAGUAAUACAGUGGUACCACGGGUUAAGUACUUAAUUCGUUCUGGAGGUCUGUUCUUAACCUGAAACUGUUCUUAACCUGAAGCACCACUUUAGCUAAUGGGGCCUCCUGCUGCUGCCGCACCGCCAGAGCACAAUUUCUGUUCUCAUCCUGAAGCAAAGUUCUUAACCCGAUGUACUAUUUCUGGGUUAGCGGAGUCUGUAACCUGAAGCGUAUGUAACCUGAAGCGUAUGUAACCCGAGGUACCACUAUAUAAGGAAUUUGGGCAUGAAUUUCCAGGUCGAUAUUUUUAUUUCCACUGCUCCGGUGCACAUAAAUUUAAAAAUAGAGUCAUGGGUUACUUUAUAAGUUACUACUGUAUUCUUGUAACAAAGAAUCGUGUUACCUCUUACCAGAUCAUAAAGGACUAUAUACAGGCAGCCCCCCAUUUAUGCGAGGGCAGGGGUGACAACUUGCACCCCUCCCCACACAUUGGAGGGGGAAGCAUCGUGUGACGCAACAAGUGAUGUCAUGUGACAUGCCCUGCCCAGUGGGACAUGCCGCAGGGCAUGCGCUGGGGGACAGUACACACAGAGAGCCAGUGUGGUGUAGUGGUUAAGAGCGGUAGACUCAUAAUCUGGUGAACCGGAUUCGCGUCUCCGCUCCUCCACAUGCAGCUGCAGGGUGACCUUGGGCUAGUCACCCUUCUCUGAAGUCUCUAAGCCUCACUCACCUCACAGUGUUUGUUGUGGGGGAGGAAGGGAAAGGAGAAUGUUAGCCGCUUUGAGUCUCCUUCGGGUAGUGAUAGAGCGGGAUAUCAAAUCCAAACUCCUCCCCUUCUUCUUCUUCUUCUUCUUCUUCUUCUUCUUCUUCUUCCCCCUCAUUUGUUCCCACUCGGGUGGGGGGUGAGGCACCCGGAGGGUGGCGGCGGCGGAUGUCGGCCCCCUGAAUAUUGGGGGGGCUGGGCCCCCUGGUUCAAAAUAUUGAGGGGGCUGGAGCCCUUGGUGCCCCCUAUACCCGUGCAAGGGUUAAGUUCUGAGGCACCGCACACAUCAGUAAAACCACGUAUAAUGUAAACCCGUUGAAAAAGCCUGCGAAGACUGUGCCCCCGUUCUGCCCUUUUAGUGGCAUUUCAGUGACAUCUUUAUGACAUUUCUGGGUUGGUGUGUUGCACGUCAACACAGUCGUGCACAUAUUGAACAUGUACUUUAAAAGAAAAUGCAGGGAAUGCUAUAAUCUAGUAUAAUAAAAGUUAACAUGCAAUCUAAAAAUACAUGCAAGCCAUCCUUUGAUGCUCCUACUGAACUUUGCGUCUUGAGCCCUGCAAUAAAUAUCAUUGAUUAGGACUUGUUACUUUCUUCUCUCUCUCUUUUUAACCAGUCACUUGGCAGCUGGGAAGCUGUUGCUGGGGGAUGGGCAGUCAGCUUCAAGCAUGAAAGGAUUAAGAUGAGCUUGCUUGGUAAUUGAAAGCUUUCUGAAGCCUUGUACUGAAAUAUGAAGCUCAUCUGACUGUUUUUCCAUGUAAAGCUUUGAACCGACUUCCGUUCCGUCCUCCCUUUUGUACAUCCCAGCCCUCCACUGUUCAGCGAAGCAGGAGUUUGGUAUCCUGUUACCACAGCAGAAGGCCAGAUGCUCUCCGACACAGUUCACAAAGAGAUCACUGUCAAGGCUAGAAGGGAAAAGGGGUUUUCGGCAUGUAAUCAGCGAGACGAAAUGGCCCAUUGGCUUUAAGGGCAAGAGCUGGCAAUCCACCCUGCUGAAGCCAAACAGGGGACAACUUCAUUACACUCUCCGGAGGUGGUUAAAGGCAGGGCUGAAAGAUUUAUCUUUUUCUUUUAAAAGCUCAUUUCAAAGAGUAAGAAACGAGAGCAGUGAGAGACAUUAGGACAGAAUAAAAAUGAUGAUGUCCAGCUAGAAUAAACAGCUUAGAAAUGCUGAAUGGGCUCCACUCUGUGUGUAAAUAGUAAAAGUAAAGGUACCCCUGACCGUUAGGUCCAGUCACGGAUGACUUGGGUUGCACGCUCAUCUCGCUCUAUAGGCCAAGGGAGCUGGCGUUUGUCCACAGACAGCUUCCGGGUCAUGUGGCCAGCAUAACUAAACCGCUUCUGGCGCACCAGAGCAGCGCACGGAAACGCCAUUUACCUUCCUAUGUUUGGGGUCUGGUAAUUGAAAUAUACUCUGAGUCGAGAGUGGAUUUCAUGCUCUUUAUUCAGCUCAUAGUGGUGAGGAGGAAUGAAAGUCCCCUCAAAGUAUCUGGUUUAUAUACAUUAUUUACACAAUGGGCUGCACGUGAUUGGCUAAUUCCGGAAUUCUCCUGUAGGCCAAUUAGGUUGUAGAUUCACUUGAAUCUGGAACCGGAUUGAGUGGCUCCUGCAGACCAAUCAUACUGCUGCAUUCUGAAUCCUAUUGUUCUAGGACCAAUCAUACUGCUGCAUUUUGGAUCCUAUUCAACUCAGUACAUAACAGUAAUAAUGAUCCCACUACCAACAGGAGAUCUACAUGAGGCCUUGUAGCUAUAUCCUAUAUACCUCAGCUGAGUGGUAACUUAAAAAUGGUUGCUAGCACCCCAAAAACAUUUUUUGGUGCGAUAUACGUAGCUCAGGUGCCGCUGUGGCAUAAAAACUCCUAAUCUGGCUACCUCCCACGCCAUGUGCUCCUGCACCAAUCUUGGGUUUCUAGCUUGCUCAUGCACACACUCUGUUAUGUGUUCUCAUUAUGAACUUCCACUUAGCGUUGUUGCCGCGUACUCUUUUAGAAAAAGCCCGACAGCUUUCAAAGUCCAGAUUAAGAAGUGUAUAUUUAUCCAAUUACUGUAAUUUGACAUUUUUAAAUCUCCCAAAUCCUACUCUUUGUCUUGCAUAUUUCCUGGCAGCUGGUACAAAACAAUGACUUUAGUGUCUUCUUGCCUGUGAUGAAGUAAACCAAUUUACGAUAAAGCCUGCGUAUUGAUUCUAGCACGUGAAUUUCUCUUAACACAAGCUGAAAACAUGCUGUGACCUUUUAAAAUGGCUUCUGUUGCCGAUGGUGGUCAUUGCAUGUCCUUUAUAACCUUCCCCCUUAUAUCUGAUAGGCCGAACAUUUGCUGUUGCAGCCUGCUGGAAGAUUCUGUACAGCCAAAUCUACAAAGUUAUCCAGCUUGUGUGUUCAGCCUGAGCCUACUUUGACCCUUAAACAUUGCUGAUUUUCACUGGUGAAAAUUUAGAUUUUGUAUACGUUCCCCUGGAAAUAAAUUCCACUAAGUGCAUGGAAUCUGCUCCCCAAAUUAUUCUGCAUAGGAUUGACAUGCUAUUCACACUUACUUGGGGAGUGCCUUUGAUUGAACAUGGUAGUGUAACAUCUCAGCAUUUUAGGAUCGAGGUGUGUACAUCUGUAAUCCUACGCAAAUAUAGCUAGGCCAAAGUCUUAUUAAAGUCAGUAACACUUAUUUCUGAAUCAACAUGGUUAGGAUAGGACUGAUAAACCCAAAUAUUCAAGCUCUAGCUGUGGAUCCAUUCCUAUUUAAAUAGCUGAUGAAUUUAAAAUUCCCCAGGGAUUUAAAUGACUGAGUGUUGGAAAUUGCACUUAGAUCUUCAGGCUAGCUAGAAUAUGUGCAGAGUCUUAUGAGAUGUGUUCACUAUAUGCUAAUUGCUCAUCUAGAGAAGGUCAAGAGUUCCCAUUUAAUCCACCUAAGGCAAAUGAUUGCUUGACAUUUGCUUCUGUUCUGAAAAGUGCCUGUACAAAAAUGGCACACUUUCCUUUAAGGAGUGCUCAGUGUUCAUUCUCGUUAGCUGUGUAAAAUUAAAACUCUUUAAUCUUAGGGUUGUGGGUUUGUGCCCCACACUGGGCAAAAGAUUCCUGCAUUGCAGGAAGUUGGACUAGAUCAGGGUUCCCCAACCUUGGGUCUCCAGCUGUUUUUGGACUACAACUCCCAUCAUCCCUAGCUAGCAGGACCAGCGGUCAGGGAUUAUGGGAAUUGUAGUCCAAAAACAGCUGGAGACCCAAGACUGGACUAGAUGAUCCUGAUGGUCCCUUCCAGCUUUACAAUUCUAUGGUUCUAUGAACUAUUUAUUUCUUUUGUACAAAACAAGAGAGGCUCAAGACUAUAUAUUGAUAUAUGUGAGUAUAAAUUAAGAUCUGGUAGCAUACAGUGAGGGAGGGGGGAGUAUUUGAUCCCCUGCUAAAUUUGCCUGUUUGCCCUCUGAUGAAGAAAUGACCAGUCCAUAAUUUUAGUGGUAGGUUUAUUGUAGCUGUGAGAGACAGAAUAACAACAGGAAAAACCCCAGAAACCCAGAAGACAAAAGUCAGAGAUUGUUGUGCAUUAUAAUGAGUGAAAUAAGUAUUUGAUCCCUUUGCAAAAGAUGUCUUAGUACUUGGUGGCAAAACCCUUGUUGGCAAUUACAGAGGUCAGACGUUUCUUGUAGGUGGCCACCAGGUUUGCACACAUCUCAGGAGGUAUUUUGUCCCACUCCUCUUUGCAGAUCCUCUCCAAGUCACUGCCAUUUCAGAAUCGGGAUGAUUAGAAAGAUGUACGAAGCCAUUCAUUUUUCCGAUCCUGAUGUUUUUGUCAUUGAAAACAGGUGACAUCCCAGACAGUUGGAUAGCUGGAUUGAUGGGUAAAGGUAAAAGGUGAAGGACCCCUGGACGGUUAAGUCCAGUCAAAGGUGACUAUGGGGUUGCAGCGCUCAUCUCGCUUUCAGGCCGAGGGAGCUGGCGUUUGUCCACAGGCAGCUUUCCGGGUCAUGUGGCCAGCAGGACUAAACCGCUUCUGGCGCAACGGAACACCGUGAUGGAAACCAGAGCGCAUGGAAACACUGUUUACCUUCCCACUACAGCGGUACCCAUUUAUCUACUUGCACUGGUGUGCUUUCAAACUGCUAGGUGGGCAGGAGCUAGGACAGAGCAACGGGAGCUCACUCCGUCGCGUAGAUUCGAACUGCUGACCUUCCAAUUGGCAAGCCCAAGAGGCUCAGUGGUUUAGAUCACAGCGCCACCCACAUCCCUAGGAUUGAUGAGUAAACAUUACUGCCAGUUUAUUAAGGGGAUGGGAGAAUUAUCCCAAUCCUUGUCUACCUCAAGUGUUUCAGACUGUGGCAGGCUCGUGCAACUUUCAGAUGAAUCUUCCCAUUUAAACUGCGUACUUACAGAAAUGACAAACCUAGACAGCAUCUUAAAAAGCAGAGACAUCACCUUGCCAACAAAGGUCCGUAUAGUUAAAGCUAUGGUUUUCCCAGUAGUGAUGUAUGGAAGUGAGAGCUGGACCAUAAAGAAGGCUGAUCACCGAAGAAUUGAUGCUUUUGAAUUAUGGUGCUGGAGGAGACUCUUGAGAGUCCCAUGGACUGCAAGAAGAUCAAACCUAUCCAUUCUGAAGGAAAUCAGCCCUGAGUGCUCACUGGAAGGACAGAUUGUGAAGCUGAGGCUCCAAUACUUUGGCCACCUCAUGAGAAGAGAAAACUCCCUGGAAAAGACCCUGAUGUUGGGAAAGGUUGAGGGCACAAGGAGAAGGGGACAACAGAGGAUGAGAUGGUUGGGCAGUGUUCUGGAAGCUAGCAGCAUGAGUUUGACCAAACUGUGGGAGGCAGUGGAAGACAGGGGUGCCUGGCGUGCUCUGGUCCAUGGGGUCACGAAGAGUCGGACACGACUAAACAACUAAACAACAACAACAGCUUACAGAAAUGCAUUUCUGCAGAGCUUUGUGGAGAAAGAAAAAACAACCCCAUAGUAUGUGAUAUUUUAGGGUCACCGGAGCAUGGAUAAUAAUUCUGCUGUUUGCCUCUGUUGUUAAUAGCCAUCCACUUAACAGAUCUCUCCCCACUGACAUUUUCUAUAGCUUUAAUUUGUUUCUGUGCAUGGUCACCUCCGCAUUUCACCCCAGACAGGAGUCUUUCACAGCUUGCUAGCACCUACCAUAUGUCUGUAUCAAAAAGCCCAUUCAGCACUUUAUCGAGAUCAUUGUGCAGCCUUUGCCUCCAUGAAUGGAUCUGCUGGCUUGACUUUUUCCUCUGUAGAGUAGGUUGACAGUGCACUUUUCUGAAACACAGCCUGGAAACUACAUUUAGAACAGAAACAUGUCUAGGAGAAAUUAGUGCAUGCUAUAUUAGGAUGUAUGCAUAUGCCAUUUUCAGUAACUGCUGAUGCUUAAUAUCAUACAUCUUAAUUUAUACCAGAGGGUAAAAUAACAUGUAAUGUAUUCAGUUGUGUUCUGUGUAUAGUGAAGUUUUUCCAGUAAUAUAUUUGUGUGGGGGUAGUGUGCUUCUAUUUAUUUAUUUUAGUCAUAUCCAGUCUUGCAAUAGUGCUAGUCUUGGGCACCUGAACGUAGCCAGAUGCCAUUGUGACACUAAUGUGAGGUCCAAAUUUAGAUGCUACCUUAAUCCCACACUUUGGCUUCCUGUCUCAUUUUCUUGUUUCAGGAAAAAAGAAUUUGAAGGGCAGGGAAUCCCGUUUCGCCAUCCCUGUGUUCAUGCAUACAGUGGUACCUUAGUUGUCGAACUUAAUCCGUUUUGAGAGUCCAUUCGACUCCCGGAACCAUUCAUAAACCAAGAUGCGGCUUCCAAUUGGCUGCAGGAGCUUCUGGCAAUCAAUUGGAAGCCACGGAAGCCGUGUCGGAUGUUUGGCUUCCAAAAAAAUGUUUGCAAACCAGAUCACUUACAAUACUUCCAGGUUUGCGGGGUUUGGGAGCUGAUUUGUUCGUGAACCAAGCUGUUCAACAACCAAGGUGCCACUGUAGAAGGAUAGCUUGACCAAAUGCAGUUUAAAAAGUAAAGGGACCCCUGACCAUUAGGUCCAGUCGCGGACGACUCUGGGGUUGCGGUGCUCAUCUCGCUUUAUUGGCCAAGGGAGCCAGCAUACAGCUUCCGGGUCAUGUGGCCAGCAUGACUAAGCCGCUUCUGGCGAACCAGAGCAGCGCACGGAAACGCCGUUUACCUUCCCGCCAGAGCAGUACCUAUUUAUCUACUUGCACUUUGACGUGCUUUCGAACUGCUAGGUUGGCAGGAGCAGGGACCAAGCAACGGGAGCUCACCCCGUCGCAGGGAUUUGAACCGCCGACCUUCUGAACGGCAAGUCCCAGGCUCUGUGGUUUAACCCACAGCGCCACCUGCGCCCCAAAUGCAGUUUAAGGAAUCUAAUUUGAGUAAAGUGGAAUUGGAAACUAGGGGUCAAAGAAAACAAACUCAAUUCAGUGAGGUUGUGCAUAGAGAAGUUCCCAGUAGAUUGAGCUCAGGUUCUACACCUGCAGUUCCCACCACAAUCAAUGAAAAGUCCAGGUGCUCAUUCUCUAACGCUGCAGGUCACCUUUUAAGCAAACAACUUUCCCUCCAACUCUUUGGCAGUCGGCUUUGAAAGAAGCACUUUCAAGUUCCUCUUGGUUGUCUUACAGUUUCUCAUUACAAGGAUUCAUGGAAAUUGAACAAGGUGUAGGUUGCAAUCAAUCAUGUCUAGAAGCAGCCCAAUUGUAAUCGGGGAUUGCAACAGCACCUUCAUCCAGCUGCUAUCCUCAGCGGUAUUUUCUAAGGAAAUGAGAUAAAUCCUAACAACAGAACCCUUCAACUUUGCAUAAAAUGCCCAAGAACUGCGCAAGAGUUCUGUCUGAAUGUAAUUUAACACGCCGCUUUGUGUGUUUUUUUUCUAAAAUGUCAUCUUCCCAACUGCCUUGCCAAAAUGUUUGACUAACCUUGAGGUGACAGCAAUAAGUGAUAUGCAAGGAAAUUUGAACAUUUAGUCCCCACCUUCAAGCAAAAUUUGGCAUUUGCAAAGACCUUCUGUUCCAGAAUUUUCUUUAAAAAUGCCAUUGAAUUAAUCCUCCAAAAGUAUACCCCAUGGUUAAUACAUGCUAAUCAUUCCUUCGUAACUUCAGCCUCUGGUGAUAAACAUGAAAUGUCAUACCUUGGUUCAAAAAUGCCUUGUGACUUGAACGUUUUGGCUCCCAAACGCCACAAACCCGGAAGUAUGUGUUCCAGUUUGUGAACUUUUUUUGGAAACCGAAUGUCUGACGUGGCUUCCGUGGCUUCCAAUUGUAUGCAGGAAGCUCCUGCAGCCAAUUGGAAACUGUGCCUUGGUUUUUGAACGUUUUCGGAAGUUGAAUGGACUUCCAGAAUGGAUUCUGUUCGAGAACCAAGGUACGACUGUAUGUACAAAUGAGCUGUUGCACAUCUUGCAGCCCUGAGAGUAUUCACACCUCCUGUUGUCCCUACAAAAUACAUUGUUUCACUGCAGUCGUUGCACACAUUCAGUUGUAUGAUCUGUAGAGCAGGAGUAGAGAACUUUUCAAGCCUGGUGGAACUGGUUUUUCUCUCACUCACCCUUCAUGGGCUAUGUUAGACAGGUGGGUGGACCUGUCCAUCUCCUGAUGUCACAAUGAUGUCAGGAAGCCUUUUUUUGCCCACAGGGAUCUUCAGAAGCCACUUUGAAGAUCUGAAGUCCAGUUAGAAGCAACUUGAGAGGACCUUCUGAAGACGUGGUUGGAUCACAAGAAGCCCAUCCCAUAUCUUUGAAAGGAGCUUUCCUGGUGCCAUCAAUGUCAUAUAUGAUGUCAGGUGUUGAGCAGGUGGCUGUGACAUGGACAAAAUGGCCUCGUGGGUCAACUGAAGGUGCCUGGCAAGCCUAGCUAGACUUGUGCGUUGGGGUUUCCCCAUUCCUCCUGUACAGUAACAAUCGAUAGGCAAGCUGGUGUGAAGGCAUGUUGAGAUAGUCACUCCUGUUUACAGGAUCUGACUGGGUCAAGAGUGGUAAAGAGCUGGAACAAGAUCGCAGAAGGGAAUUUUGGAUAUCUGCCCGGCACUAAUGGCGGAAGGCUAGAUCUCCCUUUGUCUUGGAUGUGACGCACUGAGAAUUGCCUUUCUGCGCAGAAAGCGAAAGUGGAUGAGCGUCGAUGAGAACUUUGGAUUACAACAGGAAAAUAAAUAAGGAGAAAAUUAAAAUAUUUCGCACAGAACUACAAAGGCCUAACCCACUUGCUAAACGAAUUCAGAGGCUGUUAUAAAUAAAUGAAGGAUCAGCAUUGGAAAUGUUUUAUUGGGACUGUUUGGACUAAUUAAGGAAUGCAGUACAAUAUUAGAUCAAUAUUAGAUCAUCACUCCCUGAACUUCAGAGCAUGGGAAGUCACCAAAAGAUAUAUAAUUUGGCAUGAAUAUUUGGCUUUUUUGAUUGUAUUAUAAUUUUGAAUGUUUUGAUGUGGUUUCUACUGGAUUGCUAAAAUGGAAAAGUUAAUUUAAAAAAAGUUUUUUAAAAAGAGAGGUAAAGAGCAAACACACCAGGUCCGAGUACAAUGUUUAUGAGGAACUACACAUGUGAAAUGGAUUUUAUGUUUAUGAGAAGUAACAGGCACUGUAUGUAAGGAGAGAAUAAAGGUCAGCUGUGAUAAUGGACUAACUUCAAGUGAAGGAUGAAGUGGAUAUUAAAGAAGAGAUGAAGUGGAAGCGGGAAACCUGAUUUUUAAAAAAAGAAAUUGUAUUAAAGUAAUUUGGUCUGAUCUGUAAUAAUUUGGAAAACCAAUAAAACAAUAUUAUAAAAGAGAGAGGUAAAGAGCGUGCCUAAAAAUGCAACGGGCCUAGUGGCGAAUUCAGACUCAAGGAGUUGAGAUCUCAAGAUGUUGCCACAGGUGAGGCUUCCUAUGUCAGCAUUUCCUUCAGCUGGCCAGCGGUGAAUGUAAAAAACCUUUAUUCCCAAUCGCGUAUAUGCAGUUUAUCUUUGGCAUUUGCAUCCUAGGUAAAGGUAAAGGGACCCCUGACCAUUAGGUCCAGUAGUGGCCGACUCUGGGGUUGCAGCGCUCAUCUCGCUUUAUUGGCUGAGGGAGCCAGCGUUUGUCGGCAGACAGCUUCCGGGUCAUGUGGCCAGCAUGACUAAGCCACUUCUGGCGAACCAGAGCAGCACACGGAAACGCCGUUUACCUUCCCGCCGGAGCGGUACCUAUUUAUCUACUUGCACUUUGACAUGCUUUCGAACUGCUAGGUUGGCAGGAGCUGGGACCGAGCAACAGGAGCUCACCCCGUCGCGGGGAUUCGAACCGCCGACCUUCUGAUCAGCAAGUCCUAGGCUCUGUAGUUUAACCCACAGAGCCACCCACUAUCUUGUAGUAAAAAAAAUAAAUAUCCACACGUAGUGCACGGCAGGCACGAAAGAGAUUCUGCUGUGUGUGAAAAAUCAUCUCUGUGGUGCUGAAGCAUGGAGGCUGCAUUCAGACCAGGAGAGCUUGGCAGAUAUUUGUGUCUCUGGCAGGGAAUGUGGCUACUGGUUGAUGGAUUGAACAUUUCAUGGAAGAGCUUCACUAUUUAUCUGAGCCGAAGUCUCACUUUGUUUCCACAAUGGCAGUUGUUGUACCUCUCAUCCUUCAUGAGUAGAGCCAUUUUCUUUCCAGAUUGUGUCCUGCCGGUUAACUUUUUGCCAUUGCAUUCGAAAAGGCGCCGUAUCAAUUUCUCCUGUGUUGUUGGCAUCCUCCUAAUCCAUUUUAUGCUGAUAUUAAAUCUAGGCAGUUCAAAGAGGUGCUAUGGUGGUGGUUCUGGAAAUGCAAGCUUUUCAGCUUGCCAGAUAGAACGACGCCCCCUCCCUCUGUUCACUGUUCGGGGGGGCGGUUCCCCGGUUCCCCCCUAAAGUAUGGUUACCAGAUUUUUUUUAAUGAAUCUGGGGACACUUUUUUAUUUUUAUUUUGCAGUUGAGUAGCAACAGGGGGUCAGUAGUGGGGAUGUUGAGGCAAAAGACCCUGGGCCCAAGCACACAUGCAUAUUUUAUAAAGGUUCAAAGCCCUUCUUUCGCACCCUGUGAAACAUUAAUGUGCAGAGUUUUUUAAAAACUGGGCAACGGCGCACCACCCGCAACUCCCGAGCCUCCCCCGAUCAGUCAAAACAAAGGGGGAAGGGGAUAGGAGAUCUGUACUGCCAGAUGUCCCUGGUUCCCCUUCGGCAGUGGCGGCGGCAGCGGCAGUCAGCAGCCCGGAGUCAGCCUGGUAGCACAGUUGGCUCUGGCUGGCUUCAGGAGCUGCUUACUGCUUGCUACAGUGUCGUCCACCAUUUUUCCUUGCCAGAAGUCCCCAUAUGAUGUGUUACGCACAAGACACAUCAUAUGGGGACUUCCAGAGAGGAAAAAUGGCGGGCCCAACAGCAGCGAGCAGCUCCUAAAGCCAGCCAGAGCCAACUGUGCUACCAGGCUGACUCCGGGCUGCUGAGGCUGUUGCUGCCAUGUUUCCCGGGGACAGAUUUGCAAAUCCAGGGACUGUCCCCGGGAACCAGGGACAUCUGGGAACCCUACCCUAAAGUCUAUUUUAUAGCAAUGGGGGAAGGCCCAUUGCUCUAAAGGAAGUUCUUGUGCAGGCUUCCAGUGAUGGGACUAGUCAGUAGAAUCCCACCUAUACCUUCUUCAAAAAUCUACUUUAGGGUAUUCUUCCAUGUACUUCUCAUCCCCUGCUUUUGGUAAAUACCAUCCGACUUGUAGUGGGAUGGAUGCAAUACACAGAUGUCAUAAUUCAAAUUCAUAAUGUAUUAAUAAUAAAAAUCCUGGAAAAUUUAAGAAAUAGAUACAGGAGAAGUCAGAAGAACUGUUGCUCGAUAGCAGAGGGCAAAGUGUUAUGAAGUGUAUGAUUGAUUUGGGGUCUUUAGAUUUCAUGCUUAUCCCAACCUGUUAGUUACAGCACAAAUCUGACUAAGGUAAAGGUGAAGGUACCGCUGACCAUUAGGUACAGUCACAGACGACUCUGGGGUUGCGCACUCAUCUCACUCUAUAGGCCGAGGGAGCUGGCGUUUGUCCGCAGACAGCUUCCGGAUCAUGUGGCCAGCAUGACUAAGCCACUUCUGGCGAACCAGAGCAGCACACGGAAACGCCAUUUACCUUCCCACCAGAGUGGUACUUAUUUAUUUACUUGUACUGUGACAUGCUUUUAAACUGCUAGGUGGGCAGGAGCAGGGACCAAGCAACGGGAGCUCACCCCGUCACGGGGAUUCGAACCGCCGACCUUCUGAUCGGCAAGUCCUAGGCUCUGUGCUUUAGGCCACAGCGCCACCUGCAUCCCUACAAAUCUGACUAGUUCAGUUUAAACUGCAUUUAAGGGAGGGGGGUGUUUGACUUGUAUGAGUUGCAUUCCUUGUUCACUGGUAUGUUAAGUGUUAUGCUGAGGCGGAAAAGGCCAACUAGAUGUUUAGCAAAUGUAAGUGGAAUUAUAGGGAUAUGAAAUUUCUUUAUCUCUACCUGUUUUAUUAGAGCUUCAGGAUGGACGUGAUGCCUAAAGGAAAUGAUUAUCCUAGAUUGUGAAGAAUUUUCUGUAUGGAUUUUUAUUUUAUUUAUUCUAUUUUGGAAAAGUUUUACAUCAUAGUCUUUGCUGAUGCCAGCUCAAUGGGCACAGAAAAACAUCUCGCAAUCUCAACCCCAAGUGACUUCCCUAAGAAAUGUUCAGAUUAUUUUUUAAAGUGCUGCACCUUCCUAGCCUGAAACAGAAAUAUUGAAAAACAAAAUAGAAUGUUUGUGAAAUGGCAUUUCUAGCCUUCUGGAAGGGAAUGGCCUUGUUAGCAUCGCCAGAAAUCACUGUUGCGAUCUCUUAUAGGAUUAAAAUAAGAAGACAUGCAAUUUAGACAGGUCACAGAACCCAUUAUUCUCACAAAGGAAAUACAACCUUGAGGAAAGACGUCUGAGUUGUGUGUGUGUUAAAUAGAUUACAGACUCAUAGGCCAAUUGCAACAGGUUCAGAGGAAGGAAACGAAGAUUGCCAGCAGUGUGGAGAAUAAGUCCUAUGAGAAAAGAUUGGAAGAACUGGGUAUGUUUAGCCUAGAGAAGAGGAAUCUGAGGUGGUGGUAGCAAUGGGAAACAUAAGGGCAUCUCCAAAUAGCUGAAUGCCACGAAAAGGGGAGGAAGACUUGUUUACUGCUGCCCUAAAAGAGAGGGCAAGAUGUUAAGGGUUUAAGUUACAGGAUGGUAGAAUCAGCUGAACAUCAGGAGAAAUUCCUCUUACAAUUAAGAACGAUUCAACAGCCAAUUUCUGGGAAUGUUCUAGGUCUGCUUUCCUGCAUCUAGGCCUGGUUUCCUGGUUCUGUUAUUACAAUUGUGCGGCUAUCGUGCUUUAAAACAUUGAAGCCAAAGAAUCUAAGACUCGUGGGAUCUACAUGUGCCACGACCUUAUUUUUUCACUGAAGAAUGUAGCAAAUAAAGCUACAAAUAAGUCUCACACACUUUCAUUUUUCAGCUUGUAUGAAUGUUAGAAUUCCUGCUCCAUGAUUGCAGUCAUAGGAUUGUUGUCUAUCACAUGACGGUAUAUGUUUUGACUCCACAGAGGGGGAAGUGACGGAAACAGGAUGUUUGUGUUACUGUGUUCCGUGAAGUGGGACUGUUGUCCUUUGUUCUUCUUCUCUUUGCUGUCUGAUGCUAGAAAGAGAGGGAGCCAUAUUGCAGUGCUCCAUGUGUGUUUAUAUGUAAAUAAAGUAGAUUAGCCAAAAUGCUGAGUUGCUGAGGUCUGUUAAACAUGAUGCGCAAACUCUGCAGAUCCCUAAGUGUGCCGGUGUCAGUUGGCAUCGGUCGCUGUGAUGUUCGGGCUGAAGAAAGCUUUUGAAGCUCCCGAAUGAUUGACCAGGAGGGAGAGAGCAUGCCAGUCAGGCAUGUGUCUCUGCCAGAGUCCUACUCGAGUGUAGGCUGAACUCCUGACAGUCCACACUGAAUAUUUUACCAUUUGAAGCCGUUCAUGUGCUCCCCUCAUGUUUGGUCUGGAGGGUCCCCCAACUUUCUGGAAUGGAUUUAGGGAGAGUUGCACAUGGAAUUGCCACAAAUCCGCCCUAUUUCGCUGGUGGAACCUUACUGUCUCCUGAGUGACACUGUGGGCAACAGCCCAGUGAUAAGAGAAAAGGUUGCUUCUAGGUGACCUGUUUGUUGAGCAUUCAUAGAACCAUAGAACUGUAGAGCUGGAAGGGUCCCCGAGGGUCAUCUAGUCCAACCCCCUGCAAUGCAGGAAUCUCAACUAGAUCAUACAGGGCAGGUAAAGGUAAAGGACCAUUAGGUCCAGUCAUGACCGACUCUGGGGUUGCGGCGCUCAUCUCGCUUUAUUGGCCGAGGGAGCCGGCGUACAGCUUCUGGGUCCUGUGGCCAGCAUGACUAAGCCGCUUCUGGCGAACCAGAGCAGCACACGGAAACGCCGUUUACCUUCCCGCCGCCAGAGCGGUACCUAUUUAUCUACUUGCACUUUGACGUGCUUUUGAACUGCUAGGUUGGCAGGAGCAGGGACUGAGCAACGGGAGCUCACCCCGUCACGGGGAUUCGAACCACCAACCUUCUGAUCAGCAAGCGCUAGGCUCGGUGGUUUAGCCCACAGCGCCACCCACAUCCCUUUACAGGGCAGGUAGCCACCCAAAAACCUCCAAGGAAGAAGAGCUCACCAUUUCCAAGGGAGUCCAUUCCACAGUUGAGCUCUUACCAUCAGAAAGUAUUAUUCUGUUUUUAUAUGUGCUGGAAGUCACCCAGAGUGGCUGCCAGAUGGGUGGGUAAUAAUAAUAAUAAUAAUAAUAAUAAUAAUAAUAAUAAUAAUAAUAUUUUAUUUGUAUCCCUCCCUCCCUGGCCGAGGCCGGGCUCAGAGUGGCUAACAUCAUAAAAACAACACAAUAAGCAUAAAAACAGAUAUCAGUUAAUUAAAAUACAUCUUAAAAUUAAUUCAGACAAGUUAAACUCUGGGCAGGUGGCAAGUAUCAGGGUGGAAUUGAGAGUGGUUAAUACUUGCCAGGACCAACUGUUUCCACUGAUCAUACAAGGACCUGUGAGUGGGUUGGAGGCCUCCUUCAGGCUUGUUCUAUACAAAGGAAAGUGAGUCAAAAUGCAUCCUUCCCAAAGGCCUGGUGGAACAGCUCCGUCUUGCAGGCCCUGCAGAAAGAUGUCAAAUCCUGCAGGGCCCUGGUCUCUUGUGGGGGAGGGUUCCACCAGGCCGGGGCCACGGCCAAAAAGGCCCUGGCUCUGGUCGACGCCAGUCUAAUUUCUAAUAAUAAUAAAAGGUCUUCCUGAUGUUUAGUCAAAAUCGUUUUGUUAGUUUUGCUCUCGUUCUCAUUCACCCUGAUUUGUUUGCAGAAGGUGUGUUGGGAGGUUAGACAAUGUUCACUGUUUACUGAGCAUUGCUAUUACACACUUGUCUAUUUCCCCAGUAGUUGUUCUUGUUGUUAUGGAAGGGAGUUUAUUGCACAAGGACAUCAAAUCGGCUUGAAUUGCAUGGGAUGUGAUUGAAUCCCACCCACAAAAUAACCACAGCCUGAAAAUGACUUGAAAUUAUUUUGGAUCUACUAAAAGAUGCAUUUAUCAGGGUGGUUUUUAUCAAUAUUUUUUACAAUUAUUAACACUUGAGAAUUUUGCAUUCUUCUCAUUUUUUUAACAGGAGUUAAAUUUUGCUGCCAUCUAGGUUUCAAAAGUAAUUGAACUGUCGGAUAAAAAAUAAUUAGAACAAGUCAAAGGCUACAGAUAUGAGACCUGAUAUUUCUUUGCUACAUUUACCUUUCUGGUUUAUUACUCAGUUCAUGAUUCGUAGCAUACAAUGUAACUUGGGGUGGUGGGGGAAUAUUAUUAAGCCUGUUUUAGAGGGGGAAAUGUAGCCAUUAGAGCUAUGUUUUUGUAUGCUUCUUGCUACAAUUGUAGGAACUGAGACAUUUGUUUUCUCUGCUCUUGUUUUCCAAAUCUUCCUUCCUAUUUUGUGCGGACUUGGUGACAUUUCAGCUCUUCCCAUCUUCUUUUCCUCUGCCCUUUUCCCUCCUCCUCUCGACGGUUGAGAUUUAUUACUGGCUUCAUAUUACUUUUAGUAUCUCAGUAACACAGGAGAAGUUUCUUAGGUUAGAAAACUCAGUUGCAGCCUUACCCUCUCUUAGUUCAUUGUGAAAAGUGCUUUGAGAUACUGCAAAUUAGGACUUUGGAAAGGACAAGAGUCAACUUAGUCAAAUCCUUUGCUCUAAGGCAGGAAGAGACCCCAGCCACAACUCCAAAUAUCAAGCAGAGUGGUCACUUUGGAACAUGAUUUGUUGCUAGAAAAAUCUCUAAGCAGGAAAAAAUACAAGUCAUGAGCCAUAUAGAUUUUUUUAUUUUUUAAAAAAGGUAAAGGGAACCCUGACUAUUAGGUCCGGUCGUAGCCAACUCUGGGGUUGUGGCACUCAUCUCACUUUAUUGGCCGAGGGAGCCGGCGUACAGCUUCCAGGUCAUGUGGCCAGCAUGACUAAGCCACUUCUGGCGAAGCAGAGCAGUGCAUGGAAACGCCGUUUACCUUCCCACCAGAGCGGUACCUAUUUAUCUACUUGCACUUUGAAGUGCUUUCGAACUGCUAGGUUGGCAGGAGCUGGGACCGAGCAACAGGAGCUCACUCCAUUGCGGGGAUUCGAACCGCCGACCUUCUGAUCGGCAAGAUUUGAGUGUGGAAUACUUUUGUACCUCUAGUAUAAUGAUCAGUGAAAAACAGUGUGGUCAAAACCCUUCUCAUAAGUAGUAGUAAUAGCUCCACUGGGUGACCUUGAGUUUGUCACUUUCUCUCAGCCUAACCUACCCCACAAGGUGGCUGCAAUGAUAAAAUUGAAGGGAGGAUAUCUGUGUGCGUUGCCUUGAAAGGCAAGAUGCACAUAUAAUUAACUGAAUAGCAACAAUCGUGCGAUCUAUAAGCAGGGAUAGUGAUCUGUACAGUUAUUUCUCUAGGGGCUGGGAUCUACGGUAAGUGAAUAAGGAUACUAUAGAUGUUUUAAGAGUUAAGGAUUUUAAGUGCAUUGGCUCUGCUAGUUUGAGAAAAGAGAGACAUAGCAGUUCAGCAGCACAACUUAUUUAUUCAUUAGCUUUAUUGGCUAACCUUUACCAUAACGUCCCAGGGUGGGGUACAUUUUUUUUUUUAAUACAAUUAUGAAACAAACAAAACAGUUACAACCAUAAAACAGGAAAAGUACAAAAACUUUGUGUGUUUGUGUGUGUGUGUGUGUGUGUGUGUGUGUGUAAACAGUUAAAAUACAGUGGUACCUCGGGUUACAUACACUUCAGGUUACAUACGCUUCAGGUUACAGACUCCGCUAACCCAGAAAUAGUGCUUCAGGUUAAGAACUUUGCUUCAGGAUGAGAACAGAAAUUGUGCAGUGGCGGCGCAGCAGCAGCAGGAGGCCCCAUUAGCUAAAGUGGUGCUUCAGGUUAAGAACAGUUUCAGGUUAAGAACGGAGCUCCGGAACGAAUUAAGUACUUAACCUGAGGUACCACUGUAGUUCCAAUAUAUGUGCAGGCUAGGAUAAAUAUCUCCACCGAAAAGCGUUGUUGAAAGGCAAAGCUCCAAAAAGACAACAUGGAUGGUACCUGUCUAAUGUAACAGAAGGAAAUUCCAAAAAAUAGGUGUCACCACACUGAAGGCCAGAUUCCCACAUUGCAUGCAUCUCCUGGUUAAGAUGUUAUCCGCAGGAGGCAAUUUUGAUGUUUGGUGGGAUAUAUAAGGGGGGAAACGAUCUUUUAGGUUUCCUGGUCCCAAACUGUAAUACAUGGACUACUCUUGCAUUGUAAUCCGAAACUGUUUAGCAUUGCAUUUUAGCGAUUCCCUCUUUAAAAAAGUAAGUAAGUAAGUAACAGGUUUCAUGGCACCUCUAACAGCCAGUGGUUUUCUCUCUCCCAGACUCUGCCUAGAGGUUUGGCAAAUUAUAAAAAAGAGUGAUCUUUUCAGCCUGUUCCUAUGCCCAUGCCCAUCCAUUCACAAAUAUGUAAAUAAAUAACAAGGCAGGUUAUUGAUGCUGUUUCAACAAGAGAGCCAUUACUAGUCUUCAUUAAAUUAGUUUUACCUUCAGUUUACAAAACACACCUGUAAAAGCCAGCACUCCCCAGAUAAGCUGUGAAAUGUCCAGAUUUGGGAAAGGGUGAUAAUAAGUGCUUUUCUGUCCUAUAUACUUGGUCUGUAUAAGUUUUUUUUCUAAGAGCCUUUUCAGCAGCUACCUCAUAUCUUUGAAACUCCCUCCCUCAAGAGGUUUGUUUGGCUCCCUCCCUAUCUUCUUUUAAAUAAGCAUUAAAUACUUUUUUUUCUCUCUUUGAGAGAAAGAGGGUGGGGUGGGUUUUAAACUGAUACUGCUUUUAAAAUGCUUUUAAAUUACAGUACAUUUGACUUAGUUUCCUGGUCUGAGUUAUUUUGUGAUGCUGUUUUAACAUUUUAUAUACUGGUCUUAUAUUGUCUAUCUUUUUCCAUUUGAUUGUAAGCCACCUUGGAGCAGGGUGUGUGGGGUGUGGACUUUGUUUUGCAACAUGGCACAGAAAUUCUUAAAUAAUUUUUACAGCACUGAGUGAAUUAUCAGCUUUUUGCAAGUAUCGAACCCCAGAAAUGAAAAAAAAAAGUCAAUGAAAACAGCAAAUAAACCCAACUUACCCUAUUUCAGAUGACACACCUUCACUUUACCUCUUUUUAAUAGUGGUUUUUAACAGCAUUUUCUUUUUCUUUUUUGUUUGUUUGUUUGUUUUGACAAAGUAAUAAUCAUAAAUAAAUAAGAAUAAACAUGUGCACCCCACCACUGAAACCAUUCCAUUGUAACUAUCCAACCUCCCAAAAUUUCAACAACUCUUGUGAUGGCUUGACACCUUUCCGUUUUAACAGUACAAAUUCUACAAACAUCCUCCACAUCUCUUCAAAAUCAUUUCUCCAGCAUAUUCCCCGUCUUUCCAUAAUGGCACAUGUUAAUUUUUUGUUAAUAGCUAUAUCCCACACCUCUUCAUACCAUUCUUCCAUUUUAUAUUCCACUUCCCAGCUAUAAUAAUUCAUGCAGCUGUCAAUAAAUUUGUGAUCAAGUCCUCCAUAGCCUGUGAACCUUACCUCCCUCCCUCUUUCUUCCUUCCUUCCUUCCUUCCUUCCUUCCUUCCUUCCUUUCUUUGCGAUCAUCUGGCUUGUGUUUUGGGUUGUUUGAACCAUCCGUUUUACAAACCGAGCAGAGAACUAACUAAAAAGACAGUGGAAUGUUGUGAGUUGUGUUAAGGGAAGGGAGCCAAGUUAUCCCGAUGAAAGCAUUGAUUUUGCUGAGACUUAUUCUGUGCUAAUUCUUUCUACAGUGGCUAAGAAAUCCCGGCCCCCAGCACGAGAAACGAACUUUGUUUGGGGACAUGGUGUGCUUCUUGUUUAUUACUCCGUUGGCUACCAUCUCUGGCUGGCUGUGUCUUCGGGGAGCAGUGGACCACCUGCACUUUAGUAGUAGGCUAGAAGCUGUUGGCCUCAUUGCACUCACUGUCGCACUCUUCACAAUUUACCUCUUUUGGACACUAGUAAGUACACUUUUGUUGUUGUUUUGUUGUUAAGUUUCAUUUAGAUUGGAGAGCCAUGGUUUUUUUCAUGUUGCCAUAAUGUAGCAGUGUUCAGAGAUCACCCCGCACAACUCUUGUUUUAUCAAAACAGGAUCCAGCUUCAUAACUUUGAUUUUGACUGUGGAGAUGUAAAGUUAUUAUACAUUUAUUUAUUUGAUUUCUCAACUUAAAAAUUUACAGAAAUAUAUCAAAAAUAAAUCAUAAAAACAAGAUUCCAAGGAAUAUCCUGGACUUCCAUACUCCCCAAUGUGAGUCCUAUUAUUAAUCAGUUCCUCCCACAUAUUUUAUGAUAAUCCAAACCUUUUACUUCUUCCAUUAUGUCCAGAAUCAACCUUAAACUAUGAGUGCUAUUCCAACCCUACCAACGCUUUUAACUGUUUAGAGUGGUCUUUAAGAUAAGUUAUAAAUUUUCCCCGUUCCUUGUUAAAAUUUUGGUCUUCCUGAAUUCUGACUCUUCCCGUCAUUUUAGCCGUUUCAGCGUAGUCCAUUGACUUCAUCUGCCAUUCUUCUCUGGUAGGGACUUUAUCUUCUUUCCAUCUCUGGGCCAGUAACAUCCAUGCAGCCGUGGUCGCAUACAUCAAUAGUCUUUUCUGCUCCUUUGGGAUUUUGGCACCUGAGAGAUGUAAAGUUAGCCUCUAAACAGAGGAACUUUGGACAGACUCUAAUUAGAGAAGGGAGAAGUUGAAUGGACUUGGAAAAAUGGGCUGAAGAGGCAGGGCACUUCAGUUUCCGAUGUGUACACGCAAAGGAGAGGUGGAUGCUUCCCUCCUACAAAGCAAUACCUUUCCAUAUCAGCUAAAUGCAAAAUAAAAUCUGGAGUAUAGGGAUCCCACCCAGCAUACAUUCCUUUCCUCAGUUAGUGGGUGUUGGAAGAAAAACGUUUGAGACAAGUGUGCUUUCUUAUUCUAAUGCAAAUUCUGCAAGACAGCUGAACUUGCCUCAGGACAAGAAGCUCACAAGACCUUUCUCAGUCUCCCUAAAUAGGUCUUCUGUUGACACUGGGCAAGAGCAACCUGGAAUGCACUGAACGAACUACAGUGGGAAAGAACUGAACCGUUCUCAUUCCUUUGAUAUGGAGUACUGAAAAGUCAACAUUUUCCAAGGCUCAGUGAUGUUCAGAAAUAACAAGUCUGAAGCUGUUAGUUUAACACUGUAGGUUAGACAACAAUAAUGUUGUUACAGUGUUGAAAGGUUGGUUUUGUGGGGGGGUUUACUGCACUAAUUUGAGUUCUAGCACUUUUAAAAAUACAAUCUGGUUUCCUCGUCUAGACAUCUGUGACUUGGUGUCACUAACUGAACUUGCUCCUCUAAUCUGUGGGAAAGGUUGGCAGCUCGAUCACAAGUUCGUUGGAGACAGAAUACAUGAAUACGUCAAGUUGGCCUUAUCUGUUUCCAGGGGACUGCCAGUCUGAUGCACAGGCAUGGAGAAAUUGCACUUAAUUCUCUUGCCUGGAAGAUGUCUUAUUGUGGUACACGGAUUUGGGGAAAGGAGCAGCUCAUAAAGCAGGGAUGGGGAUGGAAAAACCUCUGGUCCUCCGGGUGUUACUGGACUCCAGCUCCCCCUCAUCCCUAACCAUUAGGCAUGUUGGUUGCAGCAGAUGAGAGUCUGAGGUCAGCACCCCACAGGCAUUUUGACAUGGAAGUAGAAGUGCUUUCGAAGUUGCGCUUGCAAUACUUGCACUUUUGUGUGUGUGUUACUAUGAGAUAGCAAGUUUAAACUGUGUGUACAUCACAUCUGAAAUACCCUGAUGUGAAAGGCAAAAACUGACAUCCCUGAAAUUGCUUCUCCUUACCUGAAAUUUUGCAGUACCUGAUCUGCUCCUCCAUGCACCCUGCCUGUUGUAAUAAUCAAAGUUGUAGUAAUGGAAACAAGUGAGUUCCAUCUGUGUUCAGGUUUUCAGCAAUGUGCAAUAACUAACCUGUUGACACACUAAAUCGAGGGUGGGAUCCUUUUUUGGGUGCAUUCCCUCAUGCGGGGACUGGAUCUCUUUGGUGGGCAGAGUGAGAGGCAGGUGGACCAACAGUCGCAACUCUUAUCUGAGCACAAAAGCCUACAUUUUGAGCCACACCAAUGUCAGAUGUUUCUGUACAGAUGCAUAUCUCCCCGGCCUCUGUUCAGGGAAGCAAGUGGGCAUCAUCAUAGUUCAAGGACACAUUCCAGCCAGGCAGAAUCUCUCAAGGAGGCUGUGGCAUGAAGAGUCCCAAAGAAUGAACAGAGGGCCCCAUUCGGGCCCUAGGCCUGAGAUUUCCCAUCCCUGCAUUAAAUAGAUAUUUUGAGUUUUGUGAACGAAAAAUAUUGUGGCAUCUUAAAGUAGCCUUGGGAAUUCCAUGCAGUAAGAGUGGGUUAGUGGACGGAGACACAGAUAUCUCCAAAACCAAAGUGCUGCACCAACAAGCACAAAAUAACCCCUCUGCAGCACCACAAAUCCAACUCAAUGGUGUAACAUUGGAAAAUGUCGAUCAUGUCUCCUACCUGGGCAGUUACCUUUCCACAAGGGCCGACAUUGAUGCCGAAAAUCCAGCAUCGCCUGAGCUCUAUGAGUGGGGCUUUCUCUCAAUUGAAAUGCAGAGUGUUUGAGAACCGGGACAUUCGCAGGGAAACCAAAAUGCUUGUUUACAAAGCUGUUAUACUACCAACCUUACUGUAUGCUUGUGAAACAUGGACCGCUUAUAAACGCCAUCUCCAACUGCUCGAAAGAUUCCAUCAACGGUGUCUCCGAAAAAUUUUACACUUCACUUGGGAAGACAGGCAUACUAAUGCCAGUGUACUGGAAGAAGCAAAGAUCACCAGUGUCGAAGCAAUGAUUCUUCAACAUCAACUUUGUUGGACUGGUCAUGUUGUGCGGAUGCCUGAUGAUCGUCUUCCAAAGCAACUACUCUAUUCUGAACUUAAAAAUGGAAAGCGUAAUGCUGGUGGUCAACAAAAGAGGUUUAACGGCUGUCUCAAGGCAAAUCUUUAAAAAAAUGUAGUAUAAACACCGACAACUGGGAAACACUUGCCUGCAAGCACUCCAAUUGGAAAACAGCCUUUACCAAAGAUGUCAUGGGCUUUGAAGACACUUCAACUCAGGACGCGAGGGAGAAACGUGCUAAGAGGAAGGCAUGCUUGGCAAAUCCACACCGUGAUCAACACUGUGGAAGGACGUGUGGUUCCAGCAUUGGCCUCCACAGUCUCUUACAGACUCAUUGUUAAAACUGUGUUUAUGGAAGACAAUCUUACUCGGCUACAAGUGAUUGCCAAAGAAGAAGGAAGAAGAAGAAUCUCCAUACCUCCCCCAGAAGCCCACCUGGUUUCUGUGCUAGCCAUCAAGGGAGUAAAGUUCUUCCAUCACCAGCAUGGAAAUGGCAAACAGGAUGUAGAGUGAUGUGUCUCUCAUCUGUCAUCCUACCCAGUGGAAGUUGAGUAGUCAGCAUUUUUACAAUGGCUGUGAAGGAUGAGAAUGUAGGUGACAAGUCUCUUAGUUGGCUAGUAUUUGGGGGGGAUAGGCUAGUGAUUUUUAUGGGCAUAUCUACAGGUCUAGCAGAUUUAGUGUGCCAUAAGCUUUCAAAGAUGCCUGGCGUGUUAUCCUCAUUUGUCAGAGAGAGAGAGAAAUUACAGAGAGAGAAAGACCUACAAAGAAAAUAGUAAGCAGCAGGACCAAAAGGUCAUGCAGUGAGAGAUACAGUCUGACAUUCUGUGACUGUGCCUCUUGCGUUUCAUGAUCUUUUGGAACCAACGGUCAUAUUCCCCCCCCCCCUCUGCAAAAUGAGAAUGACACUUCAUAUAUCUGCUUAAGUGAGCUUUAGUCUACAAAAGCUUAUGUGACAAUAAAUCUGUUUUGCCUUUAAGGUGCCAGAAGACUCUGGCAGUUUUUACAUUGGGCUCUUACUGGAGAACAGCCACAGUGAGUUCCACUCACCUUUUACAGAGCAUCCAUUCAAUGUCAUUAACACAACACCACUUCUUGUCUUUACUCCCCCCCCCCCCAAUAUCUCAGAAAAUCCAACUUCUAAAACUUAUCGCCAUCUUUGCGUCUUUGAAUGCUGCCUUUCCAUAGUAAACCAUCUUCAAGGUGGCUCCUGGCAUCAAAACAUGUUGUGUAAUCACUAACAGAAGAUGUAACAAAUGUAGUCAUAUAAACAAUAAAGUAAUGAAAGUUUCUCACAUUGAAAAAUUAGACAAUCACUUCCGGGGUGGCGCCUCCGAAAAAUGGCGGAAUUCCCUUCGAACUGAAGGGAACCCGCUGCACGGAGGCUUGGGUCCUGCCGCUACGGCGCAGCGGGGGCCCUCAAAAACCACAGGCGGAAGAAGCCUGUGGGCGUGGGACUCGGCGGGCACCGAGGCGCUCUCUCCCCUUGUACAGGAGCCCGGCACGGGGCUCCGGAGCGGGAGGUGCGUGGUGCUGUGAGUCGACUGCUUCCUCCGUGCAGCAAAGCCGCACUGCCGUUUUCGGAGAGCGCUGCCUUCUUCUUGGACAAUCUGGCAUUUAAAACAUCUAUCCGUGAGUACCUGAUCUUGGAAGAGCUGAACUACUUUUAAGAUUGGAGAACAAUUAAAUAAUAUUGGAUCUGGACUUGAAAUUGAACUUAAUUGGGACUCGGAACGGAAAGGUCUAAACAGGAAGUCAACCUUCCGUUCUUUUGUUAAGCGAAGAAAGCAAAGAUAAAUUAUACUAAAGCUUGAAAAUUAAAUUCUGAGAGAACUAAAAUUCAACACCUAAGAUUUCUGAACCCCCCUUUGACUGCAGGAGAAGAAGGGGGUGGUUUUGGUUUUUUUUAACCCUGUGGAAGUGAGUUUAAAAUAAAGUAAUUUUCCACCGCCCUGAACCAGGAGCGGGCUGUCAGAAUUGACGUCUUGAAGUGUAUCCAGCUCGACAGAUAGUUAAAAGAAGGGUAACAUUUUGACUUUACUGUUGCCUCUUAGGGAAUUUUGGACAAAGUGUUUUUGGAAAAAGUAAGAUUGUUGCAAAAGUAAAAUUUGUUCCAUCUAGUGGAACUGAGUGAAAUUGCAAUGCAGAGAGCUUAAAAAGAAGAGCUAUUCUCGUGGGAAAGAAUUCUUUUCGACCUUGAAGGACAAUGCUAGUACAAAGGCUUCAACAAGUGUUCCUGGAAGGUUUUGCAAAAUUAAGUGCCCAGCUGGACCAGAUGCGUCAGGAGUCGACCUUGAUGAUGGAAGUCACCAGAGCACAGCAGCAAACAAAUGAAAUUCAGUUAAAGUCUAUACAAGUAUAUGAACCUGCUGUAGUGAUGGAGGCUUCAGAGAUGGAGGGACCAUUGGAUGGGCAAGAUCAGCCUUUGAACUUGAUAAAUGAACUUGGGGCAAAUCUGAUGGGCCAUCAGAAGAUUGGAGUAGUUGAAGUCUCCAAGCUCUGUGGAAAAUGGAACUGGCAUUAUCUGCUCUCUGGCCUGGGUAAUGGGUCUGGAAUGGACUUGCUGCAAAGAGUUAAAAGCAUUUCUCUGCUGGAGUCUCCACGAUUGAAAGGGAAACAUCAACAAGAGCGGCGAAAGGGGCAAGAAAGAGACUUGAGAGCCUCGGAUACGAGACAACCAGGUUAACGAGUUGGAUUAUUGAGGUUAAAAGGACUGACAAUCUUGGGUCCUGGGGAGGGGAGGCUGGAAGUUGACUGGACUGAAUUUGACUUACUAUUUUUUCUUUUUUACUUCUUAAUAUUGGGAAUGUUUAUAAAUGUCUGAAGGGUGUUGAAUGAAAUUACAUGGCUUAAGUAAGGAUUGGUAAAUGAUGUGUAAAAAGGUAAUGAUGUAAGAAUUUGCUAAAUAUUGAAUAUUGAAUUAAAGUUUUUAUAUGACAAGAGGGAAAAUAGAAUAAGGAAAUGUAAUGAUAGAUUGUUGUGGAGAAAAAAAAAAAAGACAGAAAGGAUUUGCUGUGAAAAUUAAAAACUAAGAAACAAGAGAGGGGAGGAGGAGGAAGUCUAGAAAGGAAGUUAAUGGAGAUGGUAAAGAACUACAUUUCUCUAUUUUUCUGUUUCUCUUUUUUUCUUUUUGCGGCUGGGUUUUCUUUUCUUUUUCUUUAAUAUUUUUGUAUUACUUUUGUUAUUUUUGUAUUUUCAACUUUUUUUGGAAAUUUUGUUGUUAUCCUUUGAAAAUUUAAUAAAUAUCAAUUUAAAAAAAUAAAUAAAUAAAAAAUGAAAAAUUAGACAAUCAGCUGAUAGAGGUGAAGUUACAGGGAAUCAGACAGAGGGCCUUCUUGGUAGUGGCACCCACCCAUCAGAUGUCAAGGAGAUAAGUAACUAGACAACCUGAAGGCAGCCCCGUAUAGGGAAGUUUUUUAAUAUUUAAUGUUUUAUUAGGUUUUUGUAUAUGCUGGAAGCUGCACAUAGUGGCUGGAGCAGCCCAGUCAGAUGAGGAGGGAUUUACUAUUAUUAUUAUUAUGAACGCGGGUGGCACUGUGGUCUUGGGCUUGCCGAUUGUAAGGUCGGCGGUUUGAAUCCCCGCGACGGUGUGAGCUCCUCUUGCUCUGUCCCAGCUCCUGCCAACCUAGCAGUUCAAAAGCACGCCAGUGCAAGUAGAUAAAUAGGUACCACUGCGGUGGGAAGGUAAACGAUAUUUCCAUGUGCUCUGGUUUCUGUCACAGUGUCCCAUGGUGCCAGAAGCGGUUCAGUCAUUCUGGCCACAUGACCCGGAAAGCUGUCUGCAGACAGAUGCCAGCUCUCUCAGCCUGAAAGCGAUAUGAGCACAGCAACCUCAUAGUCACUUUUGACUGGACUUAACCGUCCAGGGGUCCUUUAACUUUACCUUACAUCAUCAUCAUCAUCAUCAUCAUCAUUAUUGUAGGGUUGUGCUGUAAGACUCUUUCCAUAUGUAAUUCUGACCUUAUUUUCUUUUGCCUCCAUCUGCCUCCCCAAUUUCAUAGUCUGUAAUUUCACACUAACAUUUUUCUGUUGCCACCACCCCACUGUUUGUUAUCUGUUCCAGCCUUUGAAAGUCACCGGUUUUCUGAUUACAGUGCAAGCAGUCUCCUCCAGUCAGUAAACCAAAUGAUUUGAAACCUGAUUUGCUUUGGUCCCUUCCAAAUAUGUAACUUUCUAAAGAAAUGCCAUGUGCGUAGCUCUUUGACUGCCCCCAGUUAGGAAACCACUGGAGUGGACAUAUAUAUAUAUAUAUAUAUAUUUAUCUGAGGUGCAUAUUUUCCUGCUCUGCUUUUCAAGUCCUUUCCUGUCUGAUUUUCAAAAACUGCAUCUUUGGCAUUUAUCUUAAGACCAAGUAAAUGAAAUAAAUGUUCCAAAGCAGCCAAAAGAAAUUGGUGGCUGUCAGCUGUGCAAUCUCUGCAUAAGUUAAACCGUUUAAUUUUAGACGGGCUGCUAUUUCUUUGCGUUGUUUAGCGCUCAUAAUGCUCAACAUAAAUCAAUGGGUGGCUGGUGCCCUGUUCCCUGUUUCCUCUACCAGUUUGUGACGCUGCAGAAAUCUUUAUAGCCUUCAGUUUGACCCGGUCCACCCUCCCUUAAGGAAAUCUCCACACCUAAACACGACAGCAGCUUGCGACACAACAGCCUUAUCUCUGCAACCAGCGAAGGUUUUCAGGGAAGGAAGCUGUGGUAUUAGUUAUUGUCACUCCAGUACCCAUAUAGCUGUGAGACAAUGGCAGCUUUCCUGGAAACAACUAUUUUCACUUUCUGCCAAGCUGAGGGAGGAAUAGGACCUCUAAAUACAAAGGGAAUGGGUUAUAAACGAAAUAUUAUGCAGCUAAAUUGGUACCAUCUGCACACAAGCAGGUGGUAUUUUCUGGCUUGCAGGAAUCCUAAAGUUUGCAGAAAUUAACCUCUCCUUUAAAAGGGGGGGUGAUCAUUCUGCGUGCGGAAAACAGCUCAUUGAGAACUGAAUGUGCUCAGUAACCAUGGAGUGGUUUUAUUUUGGGGGGGGCACAUAGAAAAUGGAGGGAGAAGUGGAAUGGAUUGUCCUGAAGGAGGGUGUGGUCUGACUGCCUGGAACAAUGAACAAGAACACUCUUUGCGGCAACAUUUUAAUGCAGAUCAUACUUGCGAUGCCCUAAAAUAGCAGGCUCUUAAGAGGGAUGGAAAAUUCUGCAAUCACCAUUUCUGUAAUUGCUUUAUAUCAAGUGGUGCUAAGAGCUGCCGUUCACCUCGGGGACUCUGAAUGGGGUGGAUUAAGGAUCCCAGACAAAAUAUGAAAGGUUUUUGUGGAGACGCAGAAUCUCUUAAAAUAAAACAGUGCUGUCUGCCAGGGCUGGCCUGCCUGAGAUGAUGGGCAUGAUGGUACCACUUAUCUCGCCAUUUCCAUGUACAGGAUCCUAUCAGGCUGGCAACUGAAUCUUGCUUCAUCAUGGCUGCUGUGAGAGCACCCCACAACCUCCUCGCUUGAGGGCAGUAGGCUAGCUUAGAGGGCCUAAGAUGAGCCCCAUGGCAAAGAAGGCUCCGUCCCCCAAUAUCUGCACCUGCAUCACUUUGCCUAAUACCCACAGGGGAUGGGUUCCGCCCAACUUAGGGGUGGCCCAGUGCACAUAAUUGACGUCAUGUGGCAGGAGGAGGUCUGACAGGGCCGGCCACUGGUGGGGCCCAGUGGGGCCUGUCAUAGCUGGAGGGGGCCCGGCGAGGCCUGUCAUACGCCAAGGAAUAUUAAGGGGGCCCCAUCUCUCUGCUUAAAAUUUGGAGGAUCCUCAGGAAGAAAAAGAUCCCACCAGAGAGGGAUGGCAGACCAAACUGAUGGACUACGCGGAGAUGGCGGAAAUGACUGGGAAAAUCAGAAACCAGGAAGAACAGAAUUUCAAUAAAGAAUGGGGAGAAUUUAUAACUUACCUUGGAGACCACCACACACAGCUGAGCUCUUUAGCAGGAUCUGAAUAACACUUGUAAUGUAACAAGAACUUGGGAUAUAUGGGAUAUUUAAAAAUUGGAGUGACUUAAAAUAUGCAGCGGAAAAGGACUAGCGACGGAACCCAUGGAGGGGUGGGUGGGGAAUCCAGAGAUGUGGUUGAAUCGUUGUUUAUUUUUUCAUAAUUCAUGAUUUUGAAUGUAAAUUUUAAUUUGUAAAACUAAAUUACCGUAUUUUUCGCACCAUAGGGCGCACCGGACCAUAGGGCGCACCUAGUUAUGGGAGGCGGAAAACAAGAAAAAAUUAUUCUGAACCCCAGAAGCCUGAACAGCAAGAGGGAUCUGGCUUCUGGGAUGCCGUGUGGCUGUUCUGGCUUCUGGGGUAACCGCGCCAAGCCUCCUCAGGGCAGCGGGAUGAAGGCUCCCCCUGCCCAAAGAGGCUGCGCAGGGCUAAAGCAGAAGCCAGGACAGACGCGUCGCUGAAGGGGCACUGCGCCUUCUCUCUCUCUGUGCAGCGCCCCUCCUUCACAGAAGAGGCGCUGCGCAGAGAGGGAGAAGGCGCAGCGCCCCUUCAGCGAAGCUGGAGAAGGAACAGAAGAAGACCCUUCUGUUCCUCCUCCGGCUUCGCUUGAUAGGCGCGUUGCUCAAGGGGCGCUGCAUCUUCUCUCUCUCUGCGCAGCGCCUCUCCUUCACAGGAGAGGUGCUGCGCAGAGAGGGAGAAGGCGCAGCGCCCCUUCAGCGAAGCUGGAGAAGGAACAGAAGGAGACCCUUCUGUUCCUCCUCCGGCUUCCAGGACAGGCGCGUCGCCGCGAAGCCAAGGAACCUGCAUUCGCUCCAUAGGACGCACACACAUUUCCCCUUCAUUUUUGGAGGGGAAAAAGUGUGUCCUAUAGAGUGAAAAAUACGGUAUACACACACACACACAGUGGUACCUCGGGUUACAUACGCUUCAGGUUACAUACACUUCAGGUUACAGACUCCACUAACCCAGAAAUCGUGCUUCAGGUUAAGAAAUUUGCUUCAGGAUGGGAACAGAAAUCGUGCUCUGGUGGCACAGCAGCAGCAGGAGGCCCCAUUAGCUAAAAUGGUGCUUCAGGUUAAGAACAGUUUCAGGUUAAGUACGGACCUUCAGAACGAAUUAAGUAUUUAACCCGAGGUACCAUUCUACACACACACACACACACAAACAAACAAUUGGGGGAUCCUCGGCCCUCUGGACCCCAUAGAUGGCGCCCCCGCUAAUAGCAGAGCCAACCCUACAGCCAAGCUCCUGCAGCCAAUCGGAAGCCACAGAAGCCCUGUCAGAUGUUCAGGUUCCAAAAAUAGUUCACAAACCGGAGCACUCACUUCCUCGUUUUUGAUGUUCAGGAGCCAAAAUGUUCGGGAACUAAGCUGUUCAACUUCCAAGGUACGACUACACACACACACAACACCAUACAACACAACACAUAUAGACACUGAAAAAACAGGCAAGUAACAAAGGAGGGAAAGUAAUAGCUCUUUUUAAUACAGAUCUUUUUCAUAUUUCUCUAGUAUAUUAUAUUUCUUUAAUAAGCAUUUACAUGGUGGUCAGCCUUUCAUAACAGAUUCUCUUCUCUCCAGAAAAUAGCUGUUCAAAGAAAAGGGCCGUGAAACUAUUACUCUGUGCACAUUAAGAGCAUACAGAGCAUAUUAACACUUUUAUCACUGAUGGUUUCUAUUUUCCAGUAAUGUUCCUCUGCUUCUUUGCUGCACUCCAUGGACUGUAAAUGUCAUCUUAAGUUGACAUUUUAACUAUAGGGUGCUGGCCGCUCUUUCUCUGGGCCCUGAAAGCUUCCUAUUUUUUAUUAUGUCUCCCAAAUUGCUGCUAGUGACUUGGAGUGAUGUAGGAGGAGUUCUUUCCUGAAACACAGUAUUUAACUUGCACCGUGAAUAUGCUUAAUCGCUGCUCAGGUGAAUAUGCAUUUUAACUGCGAAUGCUAACAACUAUUUAUCAGUGCAACUCCUCAGAAUAAUUUGCAUCUUAAAAUAACUCAUGAGAUUAUUAUUUUUAAAGUAUUUUUCAGCCAGGAACAAAAUAUCUAUAAGCUGCACAUAUUUUUUGCAUUGUUUCCCAUUUUUAUAUAUCGUGGUCAUAAGCCUGAUACGAAUACUAGAUAGAUGAGUGUACUUCUAAUAAAUUAUCAAUUGCAUGGUAACCUAUAGCUUGUCUUUGCUGCCAAGUGGGAGAUCUGAUUCCAUUCCUAUUCUAUUAGGUCCAACAGGAGGGGGCUUUAUUAAUGAGGCAAUGUGCUCUCCAGCUCAGGCGAGGAAGAGAUUUCAGAUUUUCGUUGUGUAUCAGCAGGGGCUCAAUUUAAUAGGGAACAUGCAUAACAGUUGGAACACAAAGCUGGCAAUAUAAUAAGAGGACGCAGUGUGUAUACAGAGGACUUGUACACUGUAGUGCUAAACAUAUAUAAUGGGAACAAGUUCCAUAGGAAACUAUGCGACACGUGGCCCGAGCAUGUGGCCUAUGCGCUGGAGGAAGCUGCAAGCUCACACACUUCCCCCACUGAAUGGCUGCAUAGCUCAGUGGUAGAGCAUCUUCCUUACGUGCAGAAAAGGCCCAGAUUCAAUGCCUAACAUUUCGUGGUAGGGCUGGGCGGUGGCGUAGCAUGGAUUACCAGUGCCCAGGGCUGCACAGAAGCAGGGUAGGAAGGAAAUGGAUGGAGUAUGCAUGCACACGCAACUGCCUAAGGUGUCCACAUCACCCAGGAGAUCACAGGUGCAGGGUUAAGAAAAGAAGAAUCGUAUUGUCUGGAGAGGUCAUUCCUGGUUCUCAUUGAGAAGUUGGUUUCAGUGGAGCCCAGAGACGGAAGCAUGUAGCUGUAUUGAGACAGCGCCAGGUGUUGAAAUUUUGUGCCCGGGGCAACCGCCCCUGUGGCCCCCUUCCCCACGCCACACCACUGGGGCUGGGAUUUUCCCUUGGCUGAAAUCCUGGAGAACCAUUACUAGUGCGCAGACCAUUAUGAGCUAGAUGGACCUGUUGCCCGACUCCGUGUAUGACAACUUCCUGCGUUCCACUGCACAUGGAAGUUUUAGUUCAUAGUAGGGCAACCGGCAUGAUUCGUCCAUGAAAAGUGGGGCACAGAUGUUGUUAGGCCCAAGCGUAAAGGCUGUGGUUGACAUUAAAGGUUCUGUACAUAAUGGGAGAUGGUACGAGCCUCAGCCUUACUCUCGCCUGGCUCUCUGUCCAGUCUAGAGGCCGCCCUACAGGCAAACCAACCCUCGCAUUCAAGUACAGUCAUACCUUGGUUGUCGAAUGGAAUCCAUUCCGGGAGUUGGUUCGACUUCCUAAAAUAUUUGACAACCAAGGUGCAGCUUCCGAUUGGCUGCAGGAGCUUCCUGCACUCAAUCAGAAGCCGCAUCGGACGUUCGGCUUCCAAAGAACGUUCCCAAACCAGAACGCUCACUUCCGGGUUUGUGGCCUUCGGGAGCCAAAACAUUCAAGUCACAAGGCGUUCAAGAUCCAAAGUACAACUGUGUCUUUAGGUGUUCUGUAAGGCACUGUUGAGCAGAGUAUGGAAUGACUUGCCUUGAUAUAGUAUAGGGGUCCUCACUAUUGAGAUUGAGAGGCAGUUCUGAUCUGCUUGCCAGCUGAACCCCUAAUGGGUCAACAUAGUUGCCCCAAAGUCAUAGAAUCAUAGUUGAAAGGGAUCCCAUGGAUCAUCCAAGGGUAGGCAAACUAAGGCCCGGGGGCCGGAUCCAGCCCAAUCGCCUUCUAAAUCCAGUCCACGGACGGUCCAGGAAUCAGCGUGUUUUUUACAUGAGUAGAACGUGUCCUUUUAUUUAAAAUGCAUCUCUGGGUUAUUUGUGGGGCAUAGGAAUUCGUUCAUUUCCCCCCCAAAAAAUAUAGUCCGGCCCGCCACAAGGUCUGAGGGACAGUGGACUGGCCCCCUGCUGAAAAAGUUUGCUGACCCCUGAUAUUUUAGUCUAGCCCCCUGCAAUGCAGGAAUAUAUCCCCAUACAGGGCUCAAACCUAUGACUUUGACGUUAUCAGCACCACGAUCUCACCGACUGAUCUCACCGGCAAGGCUCGGUACAACUAACCUCCUGGGAUGCUAUAUAGAUGUUUUCAAGCCCUAUCUCAAUUUCUGUCCGGCUGCAUGCCGAGUUUUGAUAUUUCAGUGUGCUUCAUUAGGUCCUGUUGCUUAAAAGUAUUGACACUAGAUCAUUGUUCUUAGAUUCACUCACAAUGGCCCAGCAGGUGACCCCAAACUACACAGUGAUCGUUAUGGGCGAAUCUAAUUGUUCCUUUGCUCGGACAAACACUCAUAACAUUCGACUGUAAUAUUCCCUGAGCACUUUGGUUUCAAAUGUUGUAUGGUGCUUAUUUUUAGCCCAUUAAAAACUCUUCGGCAGGAAAGACAUGAGUGCAGCUCCGAUAAUCCACGCUGCCUAAUCGCACACACGGCCAAAUAAUCACAGAAAGUAGCUAGCCAAACUUUAAGUUUGGUAGCGACCUCAGGCUGCUAGCUUCCAAAAUAUGCUGGCUUUUCUGUUUCCAAUAGUCCAUUUGCUGCCUUGCAGUGCUUUUGGCUGCCACAACUGAGUACUAGCCAAAGAGAAGCAUUCUGUGUGCCAGUUGGAUCACAAGAGGAUAGCUGAAUCCAUGGGUGCUUGAUUAAACUUUGCCACCCAGUGGCACCCAUUUAAUUUUGGCUUUGAGAUACCCACAGAUAAGUUGAGGCCAAAUGAAUUGCUCAGGACAUUUCUGAGUUUCGUAAUGGCAGUGCCUAGAGGAAUGGUUAUCAUAGCAGACCCUCCAAGUGUCCCUAUUUUCCAGGGAUGUCCCUAAUUUAGAGAAGCCAUCCCGGUUUCCAGUUUGAUCCUGGAAUGUCCUGCUUUUUCUUAGGAUGUCCCUAUUUUCAUCGGAGAAAUGUUGGAGGGUAUGGUAGAGAAAACCAAUAGUUGUUAAUAGCUGUAUUUCAGGUGUGGUUAUUUAUGGUAUUUGGGUACCAUGCCAUUAAAAGGUGUGUUUUUUUAAGUUACAUUGUCCCUAACACAGACCUUCCAAGGGUCCCUUUUUUCCAGGGACAGACCCAGACUUUUAGAAGCCACCCUGGUUUCUGAUUUGAUCCCGGAAUGUCCCACUUUUUCAUUGGAGAAAUGUUGGAGGGUGUGGAGUCAUGCGACCCCUGAGCCUAGGAGAUAAGUAACUAGACAACCUGUAGAAGUAGUAGUAGUAAUUUUUUGUUUAUACCUUGCCCAUCUGGCUGGACAUCCCCAGCCACUCCCCAGCGGCUCCCAACAGAAUAUUAAAAAUACGGUAAAACAUCAAACAUUAAAAACUUCCCUUAACAGAGUUGCCUGUUGGAAGCCACCCAGAUUAGAUGGGCAGGAUUUAAAUAAUAAAAUCACCAUCACCAUCAUUGUUAUGGAAUAGGUUGUCCCUACACUGGUACCCCAGUAUUGAUGUAUGGAAGUGAGAGCAGGACCAUAAAGAAGGCUGAUCGCUGAAGAAUUGAUGCUUUUGAAUUAUGGUGCUGGAGUAGACUCUUGAGACUGCAAGAAGAUCCAACCUAUCCAUUCUUAAGGAAAUCAGCCCUGAGUGCUCACUGGAAGGAAAGAUCCUGAAGCUGAGGCUCCAAUGCUUUGGCCACCUCAUGAGAAGAGAAGACUCCCUGGAAAAGACCCUGAUGUUGGAAAAGAUGGAGGGCACAAGGAGAAGGGGAAGACAGAGGAUGAGAUGGUUGGACAGUGUUCUUGAAGCUACCAGCAUGAGUUUGACCAAACUGUGGGAGGCAGUGGAAGACAGGAGUGCCCGGCGUGCUCUGGUCCAUGGGGUCACGAAGAAUCGGACAUGACUAAACGACUAAACAACAACAGUGGUACCUCUGGAUAUGAACCACCCCCUUUGUGAAUGCUUCAGGCUAUGCACGUGGCAAACACGGAAGUAAAGUAAAGGUUUCCACCGACAGCUCCUGCGCUGGAGCGGGCUACCGCUACCCACGCCUGUGCAGAACAGUGCACCUCUGGAUGUGAAUGUUUCAGGGUAAGAACGGACCCCCAGAACGAAUUAAGUUCGUAUCCAGAGGUACCACUGUAUUUUCAGCGGAUAAAUGUUGGAGGGUAUGCCAACACCAAGUGAUGCAUAUAUCAAAAGCUGCCCUCUGAGUGAUCAAUGCACUACUGCAGCCCAUUGAACUUAAGAGUUUAGUGGAAGUAACUAUUUUAGGAACAGAGACCCAUACAUUUGCAGAGAAGCUCUUUUCCGUCAUCCUUAAAUAAGAUCCUGUCUCCCAUAGAGACUGCUGUUUAUCCAUUUGAAUGAAUCUCAUCAUUGUUUCCAUGAUCAACACACAAACCUCGUCUCUGUUCUGCACAGGAAAGCUUUUGAAUCCAAGAUUCUGGGGUGCGUGUUUUCUUUAAGCAUUGAAGGGGCAAAUCCUUCCUUGGCUCAUUGAGCCUCGCCUCAGCAAGAUUGCACAGAAUUACGUCUCCCUAGAAUGGCUGAUAGUUCGCAGAAAUACUGCACAGUGUUUCAGAAAACUCAAAGGGGAAUUUAGAAAUGGUUAGGUUCACAUUUUGGGUUUGUGAACUAUUUCUCUAACACUUGAGCAAGUUGCAGCUGCUGCCCAGAGAGCUUGCUGGCGAAACGCGAGGCUGAGCUGUCCUGGCUGCUGCUGAAAUUUCAGUAGCUGACAUCACUUGGAGAGUGCCUGAAGGCAAGAACCCGUUGUAAACAAGCUGUCAGGCUUAACUAGGAUAUCCUGUGAAAAUGUCUUAAACAAACGAGCAGCCACUUGGAGCCUGGCUCAACAAAGCAGCUAUUCCUGGAGAAGCCUUGCUUGAGCUUGCAUGGCGAUCUUAAGAGAAAAUCCUGCUUUUUCAAGAGGCGCCACUAGGUUUUUCCAGCCAGAAUUUUACAUCCUAAAUUGUACCCAGGUGGUUGUUCACCGCCCUACAAAAAGAUAUCAGUAUGAUGGCGAACAUGGAAGCCCAAUGGCCACUGUGAACUAGGCAGCUGCAAACACUUAAUAUUUUUUUAAACCCAACCCGAAUCACUUUUCUUUGGCUUAAAAUGGGGGAUCAUUUUCAACUGAGUGCUACAUUGCCUGUUGGCGCACCACCUGGGGGUUUCAUGACAGUGGUGACCACUGACCACUGACAGCAGUGGGCACAAGUGACACCACCUAGCUAUAUUCAAGCAUUCAUUUCUCUUAGGUUCCUUCCCCACACAUCUGGCAAGAUCUGCCCACUCCAGCCUGUCAGUCUCCUUUUUAACAGUUGACCAUCAUUUUUACGAAGUGGGAAGUCUUCUACUUCUGGAGGGUCCCCCUGUUAUUUAGAAGUCUUACAUCAUAUCAGGGGAUAUAGCUCCCCCCCCCCCCGGCAUCUAAUAAUCAGCAAUUUUGAUGCUGCUAGCAAAUUAAAAUUUGUUUCUCAUCAGAGGGGAUUUUUUUUCUAGUGGCAAUCCACAAUAUGGAUUGAAUGUACUUCCUUUUCUUAAUACGCAUUUAUUGGUUGUGUUAUGUGGAACUGGGAGUGGAAAGCUAAUGUACUAAGUCCUACUGCAAUGCGCUCUACGUGGGGCUACCUUUGAAGCUGACCCGGAAACAACAAUUAAUCCAGAAUGCGGCAGCUAGACUGGUGACUGGGAGUGGCCACCGAGACCAUAUUAGACCAGUCCUGAAAGACCUACAUUGGCUCCCAGUACAGUUCCGAGCACAAUUCAAAGUGUUGGUGCUGAGCUUUAAAGCCCUAAAUGGCCUCGGCUCAGUAUACCUGAAGGAGCGUCUCCACCCCCAUUGUUCUGUCCGGACGCUGAGGUCCAGCUCCGAGGGCCUUCUGGCAGUUCACUCACUGUGAGAAGUGAGGUUACAAGCAACCAGGCAGAGGGCCUUCUCAGCAGUGGCGCCCAUCCCAUCAGAUGUCAAGGAAAUAAACAACUAUCUAACUUUUAGAAGACAUCUGAAGGCAGCCCUGUUUAGGGAAGUUUUUAAUGUUUGAUGUUUUAUCGCUUUAUUAUUAUUAAUAAUAAUAUUCUGUUGGGAGCUGCCCUGAGUGGCUGGGGAAACCCAGCCAAAUGGGCAGGGUAUAAAUUUUUUGUUGUUGUUAAAUUAAAUAAUUUAAAAUACAUGGACAUAGAACAAGAACAAGUUGUGCUAAGUUGUGCUAUUAAAUCCUGCCAGAAUUUUGGCUGAGCUGGGAUUGGAACAGACUUAGAGAAGGGGUGGGAAAUAUUGUAGGACUGCAAAUCUCAUCAUCCCUGACUAUUGUCCAUGCUGGUUGCAGCUGAUGAGAGCUAGAGCCCAGUAUCACCUGGAGAGCCAAAUCUCCCAUCCCUGACAUAGAGCAUAGAACCAGCCUUUGAUUGGUGGUGCCAUCACUGGGGGCUGUCCAAUAGGCAUUGACCCAUGGCAGAGCCUAUUGGGUGGUAGGUCCCCAUUUGUGAAAGCCCACCUUAAUGAAGUCCAUCUGUCUUCCUUACUGACUUCCAGACAUUUGAUGGCUGAAAGGUACUGGGUGAAAUUCAGUGUCUCUCUGAGACAAUCAUCCCAUCAGUGCAAGCAUUUUAGCUUGCCAGAUGCAAAGAACUCCCCUCUCUUCCCCCAACACCCCCAAGGCAUUUGGGUGGGGGAAUACAGGGAGGGAAGCCCUGUUGUGCAAGCAGAAGUCUUUGCUCAGGGCUUCAACUCACAGGAUUUGCUGAGUGAAUCUCGCCCAUCGUUCCUGGCACCACUGAAAUCACUGGUUGAGAAAAUGUAUUUAACCGUUUUUUAGAAUGCUAUCAACAGUGUUUUCAGUAUUGAUGUGUUUGUGGCCCUGGGCUUCUUUGGGAGGAGGAGGGGCAGGAAAUAAGUUAAUGAAAUAAUCAUACCUCCCUACUGUGAGCUUAUACAUUGCACAGCUGGGUAGCUCUUUAUAAUCUUGCAAGAGCCUCAGAACUUCUUCUCGAUGGCUGGACCUCAACCUUCUUCUGUAACGUUUAAUAGGUCUGGUUCUGUUAUGAGUGCGCACCUGGACUCACAUGGACGUUCAUAUACACAACUGCUAAGAGGUUUGGGAUCUUUAGCUGGUGUUAUGGCAUACGCUUGUUAUGGACGUGUGUUAACUUUAUGCCCACAGGAUGCUCUCACAAAGAAAUAAAGGACAUUUGGUUUAUUAGAUGAAAUGGGAGUGACAGAAUCUAUAAAGAUGCUGCUUUAGACAGCAAACUUAAAUUCUAAGCAGUUUAGCAAAUUAUGAUACAUACACACCUUGAUUAAAGAGUAGAAGAUUCUCUAACUGUUCUGAAAGGCUUACAAAAACGUGGGCAUAAACUUGAAUUGAAGAGGGGGUGGGGGAAGUUUACCUACCCUUUAAGUAAAGCAGAAAUAUGCUGAGUCCUGAGGAGCACUGGGGUAAGUGCUGUCCAACUAACCUCGUGGUGCUGUGGUCUAAACCAGUGAGCCUCUUGGGCUUGUUAAUCAGAAGGUUGGUGGUUCAAAUCCCUGCAAUGGAGUGAGCUCCCGUUGCUCUGUACCAGCUCCUGCCAACCUAGCAGUUCGAAAGCACACCAGUGCAAGUAGAUAAAUAGGUACUGCUGUGGUGGGAAGGUAAACAGUGUUUCCGUGCGCUCUGGUUUUUGUCACGGUGUUCUGUUGCACCAGAAGCGGUUUAGUCAUGCUGGCCACAUGACCCGGAAAGCUGUCUGUGGACAAAUGUCGGCUCCCUCAGCCUGAAAGCGAGAUGAGCGCCGCAACCCCAUAGUCGCCUAACCAUCCAGGGGUCCUUUACCGUUUCACCUUUACCUGUAUAUAAUGGUUUUUUGUAUACCUUUUUGCCAAGGUAUGCCAGUUGAGAGGGGAGGGGCUGUAGAAUGUGUCCAACAAUUUGCACAAUCCCUUCCAGACUUUGCUGUCUAGUUCUCACCUUACCCAUCUUUGGCCAUCAUGUUCCUGAUUGCUUAACAAAAGAGCAAAAGACUUCAAUAGUAUCUGCACCUGCCCAUCUCUGUCGGUGAUCUGCCUUUACAUCACCUUACCAUUGUGGGGAUGGAUCUCACUGAGGAGUUUAGUAUCAUGUACAGUCGUAUCUUGGUUUUUGAACAGCUCAGUUCUCGAACGUUUUGGUUCUCAAACGCUGCAAACCCGGAAGUGAGUUUUCCGAUUUGCAAACUAUUUUUGGAAGUCGAACUCCCAAUGGGGCUUUUGCGGCUUCCGAUUGGCUGCAGGAGCUUCCUGCAGCCAAUCAGAAGCCACACUUUGGUUUCCAAACGUUUUGGAAGUCAAACGGACUUCUGGAAUGGAUUCUGUUUGACUUCCAAGGUACGACUGUACUUGAAAACUAAAUUUGCAUGUGUUUGUCUUCUGGUCAUUUAUGGGUCAACUCAGGACAUGCCCAAAUGUCUUUCAGCAGGGGGCUGGAAUCUGGCUUCUUCCAGGAUCACCAAAGCUCAUCAUGGAGGGUCUUAUGUCAUAUUUGAGUUAAUCUUAUACUUAUGCCAUGAUCUAUAGAGAUAAGCCAUAUCAUAAAUUCAGAUUAAUGCUGGACCUUGAAAUGCUAUAGCUGAGUGAAGAUGCACUAUAUGAAAUGCAAUUAUUAUUAUUAUUUUUGCUCUCCAUGUUUCCCUCUUCUCAUCUCAAAUAUGCCCUUUCCCCUUGUUCUUCCUGCAGGUAUCCUUUAGGUACCACUGUAGAUUAUAUAAUGAAUGGCGUCGGACCAAUCAAAGAGUUAUCCUCCUCAUCCCAAAGUCUGUCAGCAUCCCUUCAAACCAGCAGUCAUUGCUGGGCCUGCAUUCGGUCAAAAGGAACUCAAAAGAGACAAUCGUUUAA